AUGAAGGAACCAGACGCCAUCAAACUUUUCAUUGGACAAAUCCCCCGGAAUUUAGAGGAGAAGGACCUUAAGCCUAUCUUCGAGCAGUUCGGCAAAAUCUACGAGUUGACAGUCAUUAAGGAUAAAUACACCGGCAUGCAUAAAGGUAAGGCGCGCGUUACGCGCAGAGACCAAGCGCUGCGCCCCGGGUACCGCCGCGCGUCGGAUGCGCUGGUGGCAGCGGUGGGAUGGAAUAGAAACGGGCGAAGAACAACAAAGCCGAUGGGGACAGGACUGGGGCUGGGGGGGUGGGGAGAGAGAGAGAGAGAGAAGAAGAAGAAGGAAAAUUCUGAGCCCAAAGUAUCGCCUGGAAUUGCACUACCCGGUUGGAGGAGGGGGCGCACAAAAAACGAGCAGAUAAAUCCGUCGUUCAGAAAGCACCGCCCGGCUCGUCACUGGCGAGCGUUACGCGCGGAGUUUGUAGGCUUAGGGAGGGCUGUCAGAGCAAGGCAUUUGAGGGUAAGCGGUUUUUCCAGGAGGAGGGGGGGGCGGGAGAUGGUAACAGAUGGCCGGAGAUAGAGAGCCAGUAGAUUUCUCCCGCCUCCCCCCCCCCCGCAAAAGGGUACCAUGAAUAGAACCCUGGAUGUCUAACCACCCACAGGAUGGGGUUAGAGACUUGCCUGUCAAUAGGAUGGAGGGUGGGCAUCUAGAUUCUGAUUUCUUGGAGUCGUGUGGAGUAAGGUUUGGAAGCAGAGGACCCUAACUUAGCAGGGGGGAGCAAGAAUCGUUUAGAGGGGAGGAGGGUGUUUUGAGCAGAUUUGCACUGACUUUGAGCUUGGGGUGUGUGAGAGAGAGGGGGGGGGCAAAAGAUUUCAGACCCUUUCUCCAGUUCAUUUCCUCUUUUAUGUUUUCCUUUUGGAGUUGGAAAGAGGGAGGGGUCCAGGCCCCCCUUUCAGAAAGGGUUUCAGUGAUGCCUCUCCUCUUAAAGGGUCGCUAGAUAAAUCCACCGUUGUUGGGUUUUUUUUACCUGUGACGGCAGAGCUUCUGGAUUUUUGUAACCUAAUCACUUAUCAAGUUUUGUCUUGUCUUUUCUUUAAAAAACAAAAGGAAAUUAAAACCACCUUCUUGAAGAGGAAACAAUGUGUGAUUUUAGCUGGGUGACACAAUUGCAGCCCCUGGAACGAUUUCCAGUUUUAAACAUGCCUGUUCCAACAGAACUCUGGAGACCUCUUGGUUUUCAGAACAAGAAAGCUUUCGUCUUUCUUGGGUGGUUUUUAUUAUUUUUGCUGGAUCAUUCCCCCUCCAGAUUCCCCAGCAAAACUGCCCCGCAUUGUCGCUGCCUCCCCUUCCCAGGCCUUUAUUCUCAGCUGUGUAAGAGAGUAGCCAACUCUGAAAUUAUUAUUUUUUAAAUUGUAUUUGAAACCACAUUUCAAGAUGCAUCAAACUUUUGUAGGUGAGUGGCAGGAAAAGUUGCAAUACCGGAUUAUUAUUAUUAUUAUUAUUAUUAUUAUUAUUCCCUGUGAUACUGGCUGGUAAACACGGCUCUGCCCUCAGGUGCUGAUUCAGAGGGAAGAGAAAGCGAGCAAAAUCCAUUUAGUGCACCCUGAAGGAACACAAGGAAGGGAAUGGAGUAUAAUUAAGAACAUUAAGGGGUUUGGGGGUCUUUUUUAAAGUGGCAAAAAUUCAUGAGGUCCAGCUUCGCUUAAUUUCUGAGAUUUCAUCAGCAUCCAAAUUUUGGCAACCGAUAGAGGCGUCUCGUAUGUGUCUGGGCUUGCUGAUCCAAAACCCUGAUUAAUGGACGUUGUUUGGCAGGUAUUUGCGGCACCGUUCCGUGAAAAAUGGUUUUGGCUUCGUAAACUGCUGGGAGAGGGGGCAAUAAGAGAAAGAAGUAACAUUUGCUGAGCCCAUUUGAAGCUGCUCUUGUCUUUGAAGUCUAGGAAAAGAGAACUGAUCACCCAUCAGGCCAGCUGGGAACACAAUAACCAGGUGUGAGGCCCUUGGGUUGGUUUGUUUCUCUUUGUUUUAUUGCAAAUGGUAUUUGAUAGGUUUCGCGCAGACAAGGAAGUUGCCAGCUUUUUGUGAUCAGCCUGUGCUUCCGUGACUCGGACAAGGGUUCCGCUGACAAGUGUUUACAAGCGGACCAUGUUUAUCUCCAGUGCCAUGAAAAAAAAUAUCUCUUUCCCCCACACACACCAGCCACGCCACCCCAAGUUCCAAUGAGUUGAGCUGCUAUUAAAGGCGGAGGAGCAAGGGCAGAAAAAGGAAUUGGCAAGCUUUGUGAGAAGGGAAAUGCGUCGAGAUUGAGGCCUAUAGCCUGAGUAUGUUGGAAGUUGCAGGGCGUGGGAUAUCCCCCCCCCUAAAAAAAUAAUAAUAAACAGGAUGUUUGAGCAGGAGUUAAAGUUUCAUGUUUGGUGGUAUUGGAUGUUUGGCGUUGCAAAACACUGGCAAUAAAAUAAGAUCAAUUAACGAACCAGUUCCCUCAGAUUUGCAUGCAAGGCUUGGGGGUGGAGGACAAACCUCCAGGUCUGGAAAAACACAAGCAUAUUCUAAAUCUGCAAUAUGAUGCAGUUUGAAUGUAUUUUUUCGUUUAGAAUUCCUUGAGUAGCCUCAGUUUCUCUGUAGCUGAACGAGGGAAAAGGUUGGGUGUUCUGAGGAGAAGCCGUUUGGGAUCAGUGUGUGGUUGUUUUCCCCUCACCACAUCUGACCAGUCCUCUCAGAGGGGUCCUCGGACCCUCACGCCCAGCCGCCAGUGCAGCAACAGGCAAGGAGGAUGGGAUUUGUAGUCUAGCAAGGGCACCACAUGGCUACCCUUGCUCAGAGGAUCAGGCUUAUGAUCAGAGGAACAGGGUUAUGAUUGACUGCUAGCCGCAAUGGCUAUGCCAAUGGAGGCAGGAUGAGUCCUCAGUUUCCUGAGCACAUUCUGUGUUCCUGGCCCUUGCCCCAGGCAAAUUGUUGUCCCUCCUUCCUCCCCCAGUACUUUUUCUUCAUAUUUGUGGAUGCCUUGAGCCAGUUGUGGUGGUAAGCUAGGGUUCGAGAACCCCAUUCAGCCACUGGGUGAGACAUCGAGGCCAUUCUCUGUUUCUCAGCCUGACCUCCCUCACAGGUUUGUUGUGAGGGUAAAACAGGGAGAGGAAGAACCAUGUACGCGGCCUUGAGCUCUUUCGAGAAAGGUGGGCAAUAAACGUAAUUAAUAAUAAUAAUAAUAAUAAUAAUAAUAAUAAUUUAUUGGGACAUGGGUAGCGCUGUGGGUUAAACCACAGAGCCUAGGACUUGCCGAUCAAAAGGUCGGCGGUUCAAAUCCCCGCAACGGGGUGAGCUCCUGUUGUUCAGUCCCAGCUCCUGCCAACCUAGCAGUUUGAAAGCACGUCAAAGUGCAAGUAGAUAAAUAGGUACCGCUCCAGCGGGAAGGUAAACGGCGUUUCCGUGCGCUGCUCUAGUUUGCCAGAAGCGGCUUAGUCAUGCUGGCCACAUGAGCCGGAAGCUGUACGCCGGCUCCCUCGGCCAAUAAAGCGAGAUGAGUGUCGCAACCCCAGAGUCGGCCACGACUGGACCUAAUGGUCAGGGGUACCUUUACCUUUAAUUUAUUAUUUGUACCCACCCAUCUGGCUGGGCUUCCCCAGCCACUCUGGGCAGCUUCCAACAAAGACCAAAAAUACACUAAAAUGUCACACAUUAAAAAUUUCCCUAAACAGGGCUGCCUUCAGGUGUCUUCUGAAUGUCAGGUAGUUGUUUAUCUCUGAUGGGAGGGCGUUCCACAGGGCAGGCACCACCACCGAGAAGGCCCUCUGCCUGGUUCCCUGUAACUUGGCUUCUCGCAGUGAGGGAACUGCCAGAAGGCCCUCGGAGCUGGAUCUCAGUGUCCAGGUAGAACGAUGGGGGUGGAGACGCUCCUUCGGGGAUACUGGACCAAGGCCGUUUAGGGCUUUCAAGGUCAGCACCAACACUUUGAAUUGUGCUCGGAAACGUACCGGGAGCCAAUGUAGGUCUUUCAAGACCGGUGUUAUGUGGUCUCGGCGGCUGCCCGCAGUCCCCAGUCUAGCUGCCGCAUUCUGGAUAAUAAUAAUUAGCUGGUGCGAGUUUGUAGCAGAGUCCAAGCACCCCUGACCCCGUCAAGGAAUCUUUAGAAGCAAAAUCUCUCCAUGGGAAAACAAAUGCACCUCAUUGCUUUAGCGCCCGUGAGUGCUAAGGUGUUAGGUUCCCGUUUCACACAUCCUGCUCUAGCAAGAAUGAUCCUAACCCACCACCAUCCUAAUCUAAAGAACUAAACACCUCUGUGGCUUUUAAACUGACAGGAUUUCAGAGGAGCUGGUGGAUCAAACCAGGUGGAGAAGACCCUUCAGCAGGCUUCCUCAACCUCGGCCCUCCAGAUGUUUUUGGCCUACAACUCCCAUGAUCCCUUAGCUAGCAGGACCAGUGGUCAGGGAAGAUGGGAAUUGUAGUCCCAAAACAUCUGGAGGGCCGAGGUUGAGGAAGCCUGCCCUUCAGUAUAACUAAGGUUUUUUGAGGUUUAAAAAGCAGCAAAGGGCUGCUUGCAAAUGUGCUUUUGAAACCGCCUGUGCUGCAUUUUGAAGUCCUGACCGUCGUGGCACAGUGGUGUCAAAGUGAUGUCAGGUGAUUGACAGGUGAUUGGUCCCACCCACCUGUCAAAUUUGGCCUGGCAGGGGUGGGGAGUGAAAGAUCUGGUCUGACGGCCAGACCAGAAAUGUUCCCCACCCCUGGCAUAGAAGUAUAAGAAGUUGGUAUGUCUAUAUAAUAUCCACCUAACAACCACAAAGGGACGCGGGUGGCACUGUGGGUUAAACCACAAAGCCUAGGACUUGCUGAUCAGAAGGUCGGCGGUUCAAAUCCCCGCAACGGGGUGAGCUCCCGUUGUUCUGUCCCAGCUCCUUCCAACCUAGUAGUUCGAAAGCACGUCAAAGUGCAAGUAGAUAAGUAGGUACCACUUUGGCGGGAAGGUAAACGGCGUUUCCGUGCGCUGCUCUGGUUUGCCAAAAGCGGCUUAGUCAUGCUGGCCACAUGACCCGGAAGCUGCACACCGGCUCCCUCGGCCAGUAAAGCGAGAUGAGCGCCGCAACCCCAGAGUCAGCCACGACUGGAUCUAACGGUCAGGGGUCCUUUACCUUUAUCUUUAACAACCACACAGCUUUGGCAGUGAGCUUGCCUUCUUCCUUCUUGCUCACCAAUUUCCAAAAGCCUAAUCACCCGAGAUGAAGGAUGCCCAACAAGUUAUUGUUUACAUAACCCAGAACUGAACGGUCUCUCACUUUCCAUUAUACAGGGACACACAGGGAGGUUGAAAUCCAUUCUAUACUUACCUGUGAACAAGCCCUGUUGAACGCAGUGGGACUUCUUUCUGAGUCAAGCUGCGUGGGAUGGUGCUCCCAGUUGACAUUCCUAAACCGUGCUUACUCUGAAGCGAGCUUUGCCAAAACCUGAGAGGCUUGCUUCUGAGUAAACACGCUCACGAGGGUCUCCUUCUGUCUUGUACCCUUAAUAUUUAGACACUGGUGGUCAGUGCCCAUGGAGACCAGUGGGGUGGAAGACAGGGAGACCCACAGUGGGCGGAGUCAGAGCCCACGAUGGGCGGAGCCAACAAAUUCUCCAUUGCCCCCAACCUCUUCCUUGCUGUGUUCUGCUAGGACAAAAUUGAAGCUCAGGGCUAGGAAGAUGACAGGGAGGGUCAAACCACAGGCUGCUUGAAAGUCCGAAAGCAUGGAGCCUCCAUAAUGCUCAGGAUCUACCUACCGGUCUUGUCCGAUCACAAAUGCCGAAAUCUACAGCAAACAGCUCCAGGUUCCAGGCAGGGAGAUAGGACAGCAGGGGUCUGUCAACUUAUUCCACCCUGUCUUUAUAUAACUUGCAAUAUUUUAAACAAUUCAAGGGGCAAACUCAGCCUCCUUUUCCAGGAAGAUUUGAACAGCGUGUGCCGAGAUAAAUAAAAAAUAAAAUCUGGAAUGAUUGUGGGGCUUUUAUUUCCUCAGUCUGUCUGUAUACACCCCCCCAAAAUAAGGGAAACGCUCCUUAAGCACAGCUGAUGGUGGUUUUUUUUAAAAGGGAAGAUAGGCCAGGCUUUGCCAAACUGGAGCCCUCCAAGUCUUUUGGGCCACAAUUCGUAUCAGCCCCAGCCAGCCAGCUGUGCAGCAUUGCACGCUUUUAGAUCCGUAUUUUUCGCCCCAUAAGACGCACCUAGUUUUUAGAGGAGGGAAACAAGAAAAAAAAUAUUCUGAACGAAACAGUGUAUGUAUGAUUUUUGUGGUUCAUUCUGUGGCCACAGACAUGAUAGGUGAUUUGAUGGUGAAUUUGGGGUGACCCAAUGCAAAAAUCCUGAGAAUCCAUGUGGAUCCAUCCUUUGAAACCACGUUUUUGCGCCAUUGCGGCCCCACGAAACAGUGGAUACGUGUGUGUUUUUUGUGCAGGCUGUAGCCAUGGACAUGCUAUGUGAUCUGAUGGUGAAUUUGGGGUGGCCCAAUGCAAAAAUCCCCAGGCAGCCUCCUUUAUUGCUAGAGUCCCUAAUCUCCCUCCUGUUCGCUUGCCGAUCAGCUGCUCAGUGGCUUUGUUUCAACACCCACUUCACUCUUUCUAAAAAAAAAAGCACGAUCUGCUUUUUGCCCCUGGGCAAUUCGGCUCCAGGGACCACACAUUCACUCCAUAAGACACACAGAAUUCCCCCUUACUUUUUAGGAGGAAAAAAGUGUGUCUUAUGGAGCGAAAAAUACGGUAACUCUUUGAGAAGGGUCUUUGGGAAAUGAUGAAGGAGGCCUUUAUUUCGCUAGUUCAGGUGGUUGCUUGUGGUGUGGGGGUGUGCAGCAGAAUCUCAGGGGUGCCUAGCUAAUAAGGAAAACUUAGGGGGAGAAGAACCCCACCCCUCUCAGGACAAAUACUCCCAAGCCAGGGGGAGCUCGCCUGCCUGAUCUCCUGCCCCCCACCAGCAGUCCAUUUCUCUCUCAUUCCAUAAAACCGGUGCAGAAGAUUCAACUCUGCUGCUCUUUGUUGCUUAGGUUGAGUUUGGUACAGCAAGAUCUGAGGAAGAGGGGCUUUGGGGGGGGGGAUAGAUAUGAAAUUAAUUUUGCCCAGGGCAGCUGUGAUAGCUGGUUCCGCUCAACCCCCAAUUUGGGUCUGGGGGUGAGGGAGGGAUACGGAAAUUGCCAAAUCAGAGCGAACAGGAACAGCUGCCAAAUUUAAUCUCUUAAUUGCCCCAACGGGAAUGGCUCAUUAUAAUGUAGGAGCAUAUUAACUAACUAAGCAAACAAGGAAAGGAGAGACAGGUAGAUGGACUUGAAGAUAGACAGGCCUCCCCCCUCUCUCUUGGCUCAGACAGCGUGGCCUGGGAGAGUUUCACGGACCCCUGAUGGAUCAAGCCAAGGGAGGCCCAUUUAGACCCAACACACUGUUUCCGUUGCAACGCACAGCUGGAUCCUUCCAGGAAGCUGAAAGGAUCCUGCUCCCAUUGCCUGUUCCUGCACAACUAGCAUUUUAUUCGUUCGUUUAUUUGCCAGUUUAUAAUCCACUUUUUCAAGGCGGCUUACAACAUGUCGAAAACACCACAUUUAUAAAUAUCCGUAAAAAAUUAUUGGGAAACGUCAAUAGAACCUUGGUGGAUGGUGGAAAAGAGAAGCUCGUCUUGGGAAGUCCUGUCUAAGCAGCAUUCAGUUUUCAAAAGACACAUGAAAGAAGUCAGGGGUGGUUCCACCUGAGCCUCAAGAGGCAGGGAGUUCCACAGGGCAGAGCCUGCUGCGUUAAAGGGUCAGUUAAGGCCAGCUGAAAGGGACGUGGGUGGCGCUGUGGGUUAAAAGGAACGUGGGUGGCGCUAGGACUUGCCAAUCAGAAGGUUGGCGGUUCAAAUCCCCGUGACGGGGUGAGCUCCCGUUGCUCGGUCCCUGCUCCUGCCAACCUAGCAAUUCGAAAGCACAUCAAAGUGCAAGUAGAUAAAUAGGUACCGCUCCGGCGGGAAGGUAAACAGCAUUUCCGUGCGCUGCUCUGGUUCGCCAGAAGCGGCUUAGUCUUGCUGGCCACAUGACCCGGAAGCUGUAUGCCGGCUCCCUCGGCCAGUAAAGUGAGAUGAGCGCCACAACCCCUAUUUAUCUACUUGCACUUUGACAUGCUUUUGAACUGCUGGGUUGGCAGGAGCAGGGACUGAGCAACGGAAGCUCACCCCGCCGUGGGGAUUCGAACUGCCAACCUUCUGAUCAGCAAGCCCUAGGCCCUGUGGUUUAACCCACAGCGCCACCCGCGUGCAUUGAAGAUGUUAGCCAUCUCCAAAUAUCUCUCACAUGGAAGAUGUUUUCUCAUGCUCUGGGACCCAAAUCAAUGGAUUCAAAUUACAAAAGAGAAGGUUUCAACUAAACAUCAAGAAGGACUUCCUGGUAGUAGGAGCUGUUCGGCAGUGGAACAGUCUCCCUCGGGAGGUGAUGGACUCUCCUUCCAUGGAGGUUUUUAAGCAGAGGUGGGUGGCCACCUGAGAUUCCUGCAUCCCAAGGGGUUGGACUAGAUGACCCUCGGGGUCCCUUACAACUCUACAGUUCUAUAACUCCUCCAGAAAGACCGCAGUUCAGUGGGAGAGCGUCUGCUUGGCAAGAAUACUGUCCAAAACCCCGGAGAGCCUCUGCUGGUCGGUGUCAACAGAAGGAAGCUGGGUGAACCCAAGGGUCUACCUUGGUGUAAGGCUGCUUCCUCAGUUCCUGUUACGGUUGAUCCCACCAGCAACCCUCAGAUCUGAACGGCCAAAAGGGUUGGGUCUGCAUAAUAAUAAUUAUCAUAGUAAUUUAUUAUUUAGACCCCACCCAUCUGGCUGAGUUUCCCCAGCCACUCUGGGCGGCUCCCAAUUGAGAGUUAAAAACAAUACAGCAUUAGAUAUUAAAAACUUCCCUAAACAGGGCUGCCUUCAGAUGUCUUUUAAAAUUAAGAUAGCUGCUCAUUUCCUUGACAUCUGAUGGGAGGGCAUUCCACAGGGCAGGCGCCACCACCGAGAAGGCCCUCUGCCUGGUUCCCCGUAACCUCACUUCUUGCAAUGAGGGAACCGCCAGAAGGCCCUUGGAGCUGGACCUCAGUGUCCAGGCAGAACGAUGGGGGUGGAGACGCUCCUUCAGGUAUACAGGACUAAGGCCGUUUAGGGCUUUCAAGGUCAGCACCAACACUUUGAAUUGUGCUCGGAAAUGUACUGGGAACCAAUGCAGAUCUAUCAGGACCGGGGUUCUGUGGUCUCGGCGGCCGCUCCCAGUCACCAGUCUAGCUGCCGCAUUCUGGAUUAAUUGCAGGUUCCAGGUCACCUUCAAAGGUAGCCCCACGUAGAGCGCAUUGCAGUAGUCCAAGCGGGAGAUAACCAGAGCAUGCACCACUCUGGCAAGACAGUCUGUGGGCAGUUAGGGUCUCAUCCUGCGUACCAAAUGGAGCUGGUAAACAGCCGCCCUGGACACAGAAUUGACCUGCGCCUCCAUGGACAGCUGUGAGUCCAAAAUGACUCCCAGGCUGCGCACCUGGUCCUUCGGGGGCACAGUUGCCCCAAUCAGGACCAGGGAUUCCCCCACACCCGCCCACCCCCUGUCCCCCCAAAACAGUACUUCUGUCUUAUCAGGAUUCAACCUCAAUCUGUUAGCCGUCAUCCUUCCUCCAACCACAUACAGUGGUUUGCUACCCAUCAGACAACUGAUGUAACACAGAUAUUCAGGGUGUGGUUUAAAGUGUGUCUGGUUUAAAUCUCACCUCGACAGGCUCGCCAGCUUCUUGGACUGGCCUCUCCCUCCUGAGGCUUGAAGUAACAGGAAAGCAGAGCCUGGGGUUGACCCUACAUUAUUUCCAUGCUGCCAAUGGUUUCACUUUCCUAGUUUCCUGCAAAUCAGCUUGCUGAAAUGGGCGCAGGAGCAGUCUAGCCUGGGUUUUUCAUGGUCAGUUGGCAUCCCCUUAUCUGAGAGACGGGGGAUAGGUUAGGCCAGGGGCAGAUGAAGUCCUGGGCCUUGCAGACUUGAGUAAAUGAGAGAGGUGUCAGUUGGGACAGAUUUCUUAGACUGGAGUGACAAAAUCAAACUUGUGAAAAUUCCCUGUAAAUGGUACCAGAGGCCAGUGGACCUCAUCCUGCACACAGAAAUCUUUGGAAUGCCUCUAGAUUAUUUGCUGUCGCUCAGCAACCAUGGGAUAGGGGGAGAAAUUUGGCAGAGUUCUCAUUUAAAGGCAAAAACCUACCAAAUUCACACUUUCCAAAACAAUUCACGGACCGAAAUGCAGCCCUCCUGCAAAACUCACACCCCUUUGAAUUUUGCAAUGCAGUUCUCCACCCAAGUGACGUGUACAUAAAUGCAUAUACUGCGGUAAAGUGUGCAUAAGAAUGCAUAUAAUGUACAAAUGCAUGUUGUAUUGGGGGGAACUGCUUUGCUAAAAUAUGUGUCUUAGGCUAAAACUGCAUGCGAGCAUGUGGAUAUUAGGAGAAAAUUGCACUAAAAUACCGGUGAGGACCGGUAAAAAAAAAAAGGAUUUGCAACCUGAGGUGGAAGUGUGGAGAACUGAACUUCAGACUGAGAACUGAAAACAGACACAUCUGCCCAUCCCUAAUCCCAACCCUCCCCAAAAUUGUAAUAUAUGGGUAACAAAUGGGGUCUGCAACAAAAUGUUGCAGCAUGGAACACUCCUGCCAAGUUGGCCAAGAUACCCUAUUCUCUUCCACCUCUUGCUUGUUUUUUCCAAGUUUUUCUGCCCCCCUCAACACACACUUUUUGGUCUCCCCUGCAAGUAGUUUUUUUUAUACAAUAAAUUUAUUAGAGUUCCCCCAAGCCUGCAACUACCUCUCUCUUAAUGCAUGGGUGCUGCUGCUUUGAGCUGCGGGAAGACUAGCCAUCAAUUGGAUAAUUAAAUUUUGCUAUGAGGAUACAACACUAGAGGCCCACCUUAAGUGGCUGCUGUGAAGUUUACUGAGAUGAUCUAUUUCUUCCUGAGUUGAACCAUGUGAAUCUGAUAUCACUGAAACCAGGGAGCCCUUACAGGGUAUGGCUGUAGAGGGUUUGUAUGUGAGUGUGUGUAGCUUCUUUUGUUUAGUUGAUCUGAUUUAGGGGACGAAUGGGCAAAAGUGCAAUUUUUUUCCUGCUAUUUUGCCAUGCUCUGUGAUUUCAUCCGAUACCUCAUUUGUCUCCCUCUCUCUGACCUUAGUUAGUCCCCCAAAAGAGUAUCCUGAGCUGGCUUUGCAAACAGAUAUGUAGAUUAGGGUUACCAGACGUCCCCGGUUCCUGGGGACAGUCCCCGGAUUUGCAGAUCUGUCCCUGGACAAAUUAUGUCCCCAGAAUGUCCCCAGAUUUGCAAAUCUGUCCCCGGAAAACGUGGCCUUAGCAGCCCGGAGCCAGCCUGGUAGCGCAGUUCGCUCUGGCUGGCUUCAGGAACUGCUCACUGCUGUGGCGCCCGCCAUUUUUCCUCACCAGAAGUCCCCAUAUGAUGUGUCUUGUGCGCAUAGGAUGUGUCUUGUGCGAUCUCCUGCCCGCUUCCCCCUUUGUUUCGAAUGAUCGGGGGAGGCUCGAGAGUCGCUGGCGGGCAGCCCUUGCCCAGUUUUUUAAAAACUCUGUGCAUUUAUGUUUCACAGGGUGCUAAAGAAGGUUUUUGCACCUUUAUACAAUAUGCAUGGGAUGCGGUUGGCACUGUGGUUUAAACCACAGAGCAUAGGGCUUGCCGAUUGGAAGGUUGGCGGUUCGAAUCCCCAUGGUGGGCUGAGCUCCCGUUGCUCGGUCCCUGCUCCUGCCAACCUAGCAGUUCAAAAGCACGUCAAAGCGCAAGUAGAUAAAUAGGUACCGCUCCGGCGGGAAGGUAAACGGCGUUUCCGUGCGCUGCUCUGGUUAGCCAGAAGCGGCUUAGUCAUGCUGGCCACAUGACCCAGAAGGAAGCUGUAUGCGUGCUCCCUUGGCCAAUAAAGCGAGAUGAGCGCCGCAACCCCAGAGUCGGUCACGACUGGACCUAAUGGUCAGGGGUCCCUUUACCUUACAAUAUGCAUUUGUGCUUGGGCCCGGGGUCUUUUGCCUCACCAUCCCCACUACUGACUCCCUGUUGCUUUGUUGUUGUUUAGUCGUUUAGUCAUGUCCGACUCUUUGUGACCCCCUGGACCAGAGCACGCCAGGCACUCCUGUCUUCCACUGCCUCCCGCAGUUUGGUCAAACUCAUGCUGGUAGCUUUGAGAACACUGUCCCACCAUCUCGUCCUCUGUCGUCCCCUUCUCCUUGCGCCCUCCAUCUUUCCCAACAUCAGGGUCUUUUCCAGGGAGUCUUCUCUUCUCCUGAGGUGGCCAAAGUAUUGGAGCCUCAGGUUCAGGAUCUGUCCUUCCAGUGAGCACUCAGGGCUGAAUUCCUUAAGAAUAGACAGGUUUGAUCUUCUUGCAGACCAUGAGACUCUCAAGAGUCUCCUCCAGCACCAGAAUUCAAAAGCAUCAAUUCUUCGGUGAUCAGCCUUCUUUAUGUUCCAGCUUUCACUUCCAUACAUCACUACUGGGAAAACCAUAGCUUUAACUAUACGGACCUUUGUUGGCAAGGUGAUGUCUCUACUUUUUAAGAUGCUGUCUAGGUCUGUCAUUGCUUUUCUCCCUGUUGCUACUCAGCUUCAAAAAAAGGUGUCCCCAGAUUCAUAGAAAAAAAUCUGGUAGCCAUAAUGUAGAUGCAACCACCAUUUGAAAGAAAGAAAGAAAUUGUGUUUUGCAAAUGGACAGGCGUUGUCAGCAAAAGACUCUGGUGAUCAGGGAUAGAAGUGGAAGUUUGUGGUGAAGGCAGAGACGAGAUGGAUGCUCAGAAGCCAAUAGAAAGAUCCUUGCUGUUCCAACUGCCUUGCUGGAUGCAGACAGGCCCCAAGGGACUGCAAAUUAAAGCCCAAACAAUCAGAGAACACACAGAGAGACAAUGUAUAUUAGGGUUUCCAGGGUCUCCAGGUCCCACCUGAAUUUUACAGGUUCACCUGCCCUUCUCCAGGCGGCAGGUAGAGGACUUCAAUUUCCAGGGUGGUGAGAGGGCCUUGAAUAAUAACAAGAAGAAAUUAACAAUAGCAAUGUUUUGAAGAGUACGUGAGUCAACACUGUUCUGAGGAAAACGUGUUGGUAUGUUUAGAUUAAGUUUGUAAAGUAGACCCAGGAAAAAUUAAUAUAUAUAGAACAUUAAAGACGAGCUGCAAUGUGAAUAAGAACUUAAAGUUCUUUGAUGAGUAUUGGAGGAGGGAAGUCACAUGGGUGUGCUAAUAUUAUUAUUCUCUCUUUUAUCUUUCUCUUUUUUUCUCGGCUUUUCUUUUCAGGGUUAAUAUAUGUAUUUUUGUCAGUGGGAAUAAUCAUUGUUUGUUUUUUCUGUCUAUGAAAUAAAUAAAUAAAUAUUCCCAAAAAAGAGAAGAAAUUACGAAGGAGACUGUGCGUGCAGCUUGCAAGCUUCAGUUUGGCAGGAGCUGAUUGCAAAUUAUAGCAUAGACACUCAGGGUGCUGGAGCUCCAUCUCCAGGAACGGCCCCUGGAAUAUCACCAGGGGCCGCCUCUGUGUCUCAGGUUUGGGCUCUCAAAUCUCAGGUUCUAGGAUGCUGUUGACCCGGCAAUCCUAAUAUAGUGGUACCUUGGGUUAAGUACUUAAUUCGUUCUGGAGGUCCGUUCUUAACCUGAAACUGUUCUUAACUUGAAGCACCACUUUAGCCAAUGGGGCCUCCUGCUGCUGCCACGCCGCCGGAGCAUGAUUUCUGUUCUCAUCCUGAAGCAAAGUUCUUAACCUGAAGCACUAUUUCUGGGUUAGCGGAGUCUGUAACCUGAAGCAUAUGUAACCUGAAGCGUAUUAACCCGAGGUACCACUGUACACGCAAACACACACCUUUUCUGGAGUAAGGUGAAGCAGACUAGUUUCUCACCCCAAAAUGAGAAGGAUAGGGCCUAUGGAUUUUGUUUCAUAUUUGCUUGUUUAUUUCAUUUUUUAAAAAUAGAUACUGCUUGUUAAAAACAGCACAACAACCUCAAAGCAGUUCUCAAAAAGAAUAAAGCAGUGAAACCGUCAUCUUAAUAAAAAAAACAGCCUUGGGCAUUAUUUUCAUUUCAAAGGGGUGUUUUCCCCUCCCAUACUAAAGCAAAUUGUCCCUGCUUUCAAACACAAAAUCUCCACUGUUUUAGGCAGAAAUUCACAUGCAAAUGUUUGUGCUUUUUGGUCUCCCAAAUGAAAACCGCCUCAUCCUAGGUGUGAAGCAGUUUCCAAGACUGCAAAUUCCUGUUUAGGGUGAGAUACAAAAAUAUGUUCGGUACAUCUCAGAUUCUUCAAAUGCUCUUGCGAAAGAAAGAAAGAAAGAAAGAAAGAAAGAAAGAAAGAAAGAAAGAAAGAAAGAAAGAAAGAAAGCUGGGAAUCUGGGGAGUAGGGUUUGUUUUGGGGAUACACACCCAUAUACUGUAUUUUUCGCUCUAUAGGACGCACCGGACCAUAGGAGGGGGAGAACGGGGGGGGGGAUUCUCCGCAUCUCUGCUCAGCGCCCCUUCCAUUUCUCCUCCCGCUUCGCUGAAGGGGCGCUGCGCAGAGAGGGAAAACUGUGCAGCACCUCCCCAGCGAAGCGAAGCCUGGAGAGCAAGGGGGAUCGGUGUGCACUGACCCCUCUCGCUCUCCAGGCUUCAGGCAGCUAUCCGCAAGCCUUCAGAGCGCAGCGGGAACUCCUGCUGCGCUCCGAAGGCUUGCAGAUAGCUGCCUGAAGCCCCCGGAGCACAGCGGCAGUUCACGCUGCGCUCCGGGGGCUUCAGGCUUCUCCUUUUUAGCCGUGGGGCCCCCAAAACGGGUCGGGGAGCGGCGGUCCCUUCUCCCUCUUGGGGAAAAGCCCGCAAGAGCCGCGCGAAGCUUGUGUACGGCUCUUGGGGGCUUUUCCUGCCUGCCUCCCCCCUGCAUUCGCUCCAUAGGACGCACAGACUUUUCCCCUUAGUUUUUAAGAGGGAAAAAGUGUGUCCUAUGGAGCGAAAAAUACGGUAUAUAUUGAUGGCCUUUGCCACCGUCCUUUUUAACCAUGGGUGGGGCUGGAAAUCGGGGCUCAGCUCUCCAGACACCCCACUCCACUGUCUUGCUUGGUAUUUCCCCACUAUGAAUUGUAUCCAAUGCAAAUCCUACCUAGGAUUCAAAUCAGUGGCAUCAGAACAUCAGAAAUCUGGACCAUCUAGCCUAGAUUCCUGUUCUCACAGUGGCUGACCAGAUGACUGUCAGGAUCCGAGCAUUUUCCCCUUCUGCGGUUUCCAGGAACUAGCAUUCAGUGAAGGCAGAGCUCCUGGCUAGGAGCCAUCAGCAGACUUUUGCUCCACAAAUUUGCCCAACAAUCCUCUUUUAGGCCUUCCAAGCUGGUGCUCCCCUCCUGAGGCAGUGAGUACCAUAGUUUAACUGAGGCCCAGCGCCGAGGCCUUUCUGGCGGUUCCCUCCCUGCAAGAAGUGAUGUUACAGGGCCUUCUCAGUGGUGGCACCUGCCCUGUGGAACUCCCUCCCACCAGAUGUCAAAGAGAAGAACAACUACCAGACUUUUAGAAGGCAUCUGAAGGCAGCCCUCUUUAGGGAAGCUUUUAAUGUUUAAUAGGUUAUUGUAUUUUAAUAUUCUGUUGGAUGCCGCUCAGUUUUCUCCCUAUCCUCCCCCCUGGGCUAAGUCCUGCAAGGGGCAACACCAAAAGGGAGGAGGAGGAGGAGGCUGGCAAGCAGAGUCGCCCCAUGGAUGGGUUGUAAGAAAGAGAGAGUAGAAGCAUGAGCUGGAAGGGACCCCGAGGGUCAUCUAGUCCAACCCCCUGAAAUGGAGGAAUCUUUUGCCUAACGUGGGACUCGAACCCACGACCGAGAUUGAGCAGAUGGGCGGGGUAUAAAUAAUAAAUAAUGAUAUAUUAUUAUUAUUAUUAUUAUUAUUAUUAUUAUUAAUUAUUAUUUUAUUAUUAUGUGCUGUGUGAAAUACUUCCUUUUAUCUGCCUUCCAACGCACUUCCUUCUUCUAAUGUUUCUCCAAUGCAUCGGACUAACUUAGGUUCAGUUAUAUAAGGGGUCAGCAAACUUUUCCAGCAGGGGGCCGGUCCACUGUCCUUCAGACCUUGUGGGGAGGGGGGCAGACUAUAUUUUGAAGGGGGAGAAUAAACAAAUUUCUAUGCCCCACAUAUAACCCAGAGGUGCAUUUUAAAUAAAAGCACACUGAAAUAUACUCAGAGUCGAGUAUGGAUUUCAUGCUCUUUAUUCAGCUCAUAGUGGUGAGGAGGAAAGGAAGUUCCCCCGAAAGGUCUGCUUUAUAUACAUUAUUUACACAAUGGGCCCCACGUGAUUGGCUAAUUCCGGGAUUCUCCUGUAGGCCAAUCAGGUUGCGGAUUCACUUCCACCUGGAGUUGGAUUGGGUGGCUCCUGUGGACCAAUCAGACUGCUGCCUUUUGGAUCCUAUUCAACUCAGUACAUAACACACACAUUCUUCUCAUGUAAAAACACCAGGCAGGCCCCACAAACAACCCAGAGAUGCCUUUUCAAUAAAAGGACACGUUCUACUCAUGUAAAAACACGCUGAUUCCCGGACCGUCUGUGGGCCGGAUUUAGAAGGCGAUUGGGCCGGAUCCGGCCUCCGGCCUUAGUUUGCCUACCCCUGGUUCAUUCGCUUCAAUGCAUCUAGUCUGAGUGGAACUCAGUCAGAUAAAAUCUAGUGCCUCUUCAGCCAACAUGGGUGCCCCAGAUUUUUUUUGUCUGUUUGCUGGCUGUGGGGCAGGGACCAUUUUGCCAAUUUUUGAGUGGGCAAUGGCCUCCUUUUUUGUCUAUGUUGCAUUUGUUUUUGGGUGCAUGUAGGUGAUUCCUAAGUGUGAUCACUUUUUUCUUCUUUGAAAUCGGUUUUGUGGUGCCUGUGGCUGUUCCUUAGAUUUCCAAAGGGGCUCCGGAAGGUUGGAGACCUUAUUUUCUAUUCCUUAUAACAGAGUCGCAACAGGCCAAAAAUAAAAUAAAAUUUGACAGGCAGCUAUAGGGACAGUGCACCGGUUGAAUUUCUGUCUGCUCUGCACACCCUCUAAGUAAGGGCCCAGCAGGGCUUAAGCAUCUGUUUUUCUGAAUGUCAGGAUUCCACCAUGGAAUAUAGGAAGGCGCAAUCAUAGAGGCCUCACUCUGUGCGUGUACAAAGUGUAUUUUCCCCCUCAGGGCUGCCUUUCAAGUCUCUGUAGUGUCUGAGCACUCAUGUUCCAGCAACUGAGGUUUCCUGGUGGAGGAAGAAACGGAAUAGAUUAUGCAAAGAGCAGCCUAUUUGCAUAAUUCAUGCAAGCGACAAACUCUGCCGUUUAUCGGCACAGGGUUUUUAAAAUUCAUUUUCUCUAUUUGCCAGGGCGACGGUGACCCACAGUCCCUCCCCUCGUUGAACUCAUCUUAAUCCCUUGAGCCCCACAUGCGCUGUGCUUGUCUGUUGGACGCUGGACUUAAAAAAAUUGCCAGGUUGAUAAGUUGUUUGUAUUUUAUUAAUCGAAAUUUCUUCUUACCCUCGUCUUUGGUGUGAAAGAUUUAUUCCCCUCCCUCUUUUGGGGGGGUGGGGAAGCGUUGCGAGCCCUUCAUAGGUGUUCUCUUGAAGAACCUUAAAACAAGGCUUAAGAAUGAGGAUCUUAGAGACCUGGGCAGCAUUAGAGAAGUGUUGGGGUGUCUCUGGGGGGAACCCCCCGAAUAAUAAUAAUAAUAAUAAUAAUAAUAAUUUAUUUAUACCCCGCCCAUCUGGCUGAGUUUCCCCAGCCACUCUGGGCGGCUCCCAAUCGAGUAUUAAAAACAAUACAGCAAUAAAGCCAUGGAGCUCAAAAGCGCCUACCGUAUUUUUCGCUCCAUAGGGUGCACCAGACCAUAGGGCGCACCUAGUUUUUUGGGGGGGGGGAAUAAAGGAAAAAAAUUAUCCCCCCCCCCCGGUCCAGGAGCAGCGGCAAGAUUGCGUGCAACCUCGUCGCCACUCCCGGAGCUUGCGGGACUGGGGGCUGGGAAGCCCGAGCUUCCCCCGACCCCAGCCCCCAGAACAGGCAGCCAUCCGCAAGCCUUCCUAGCGCAGCGGGAACUCCCACCGCACUCAGAAGGCUUGCGGAUGGCUGCCUGAAGCCCGGGGAGCGCAGCAGGAGUUGGCGCUGCAUUUGCCGGGCUUCAGGCUGCAGCCUGCUAUCCGCAAGCCUUUGGAGCCUGGCGGGAACUUCCGCCGCACUCAGAAGGCUUGCGGAUAGCUGCCUGGAGAGUGAGAGGGGUCAGUGCGCACCGACCCCUCUCGCUCUCCAGGCUUCAGCGAAAGCCUGCAUUCGCUCCAUAGGACGCACACACAUUUCCCCUUCAUUUUUGGAGGGGAAAAAGUCUGUCCUAUCGAGCGAAAAAUACUGUAUUCAGAGAGGAGGGCUGCCCGCUGCCUCUCUGGAUGAGUCCUUGUUCUAGGCGUCCCUCCUUCCCAUCAGCCUCUCCAGGAGGGCACACGUUUCUGCUACACCGUUGCACUGGGCGCGACUUUUCCCUUCGUUCACUUUUGGUGCAGAGACUCGGAUCAAGUCCUGUCCGUGGAGAGGACUGUGCCUGUCGCAUCUCUGUAUGAUUUGCUGUUUAUCGGCGGGGUGAAUUUUGAAGCGGGGACUUCUAGACUUGCUGCUUACCGGUCUGACCCAAAUCCUCAAGUUUCUAGUCCAUGGUGGGUUUUGUUUUGUUGGUUUUUUUGCCCCUUUCCACAUUUCAGUUUGCAGUGCGCUGGUUAGCGGAGGGACGGGGACCAAUCCACCUCUUUUGCCAAUGGCCUCAGGUCAUUUGCAGGCAGUUUUUUUUCCUACUGAGCCCAGGGGAGCAGCAACGGACGAGGCUGUGCACAGAGCCAUCUUCUUGUCCCGCACCCCUCCCCCCCUCUCCCAGGAAAGCUACUGCCAGCGGCUUGUCCGCUCAGCUGACGUGGCGCCGCAAGAUGGGCCCGCUGGAGUGUGACGGCUUUUGCUUUUCCGCCUCGCUGCUCCUUGCGACAGGCUCGCUGGCAGGGAAUCUAAAUAUAGAACUCAGCACUGCAGCUUGGAAGAAAAGGAACAUAUUUUGCUCAUGAAUUUUUGAGAAAGGGUGGCGGCGGGAGGGAAUGGGGGCAAACAGAAUCACUCCAGAGCAAGUUUUUCCGCCUUUUCAAACUAUGCAUGAACUCUGCAGUGGCGAGCUGGGAAGGACAAAGAUCCCCAGGGAAACGUGAUCGCCUGGCCUGGAGCUCAGUUCGCCAUAGGGCUGUGCGAUGUGGGUUUUUGUUCUGUAUAUAGGUCGGAUCUCUUGUGCGUGGCUCCUCUUUGCCUAGCCGCCCGAAAUGUUUGCGCCUGUAAAAAUAAUAAAUGUCUCUGUGGAAUCUAAGCAGCGAUCUAGUCCUGCGUCCUGUUCUCACUGGGGGCUGUCAGGAGCUCGUCCUACGCUCGAGUAGGACCCUGGCAGAGACACAUGCCCGACUGACAUGUUCCCUCCCUCCGGGUCGAUCAUUCGGGAGCUUCAAAAGCUUUCUUCCGCCCGAACAUCACAGCGACCGGCGCCAACAGACACCGGCACACUUAGCGAUCCCAUGACUGCAAUCACGGAGCAGGAAUUCUAACAGGGCCAACCAGUGGGAAGCCCCACACCCCACCCCACAAGCAGAAGCUGAGCUGAUAAGUGGAGAGUUCAGCGAUUCUGCUUUUUCCAGGCCGUUCUCUGCAAGGAAUGCACUGGCAAAGCAGCAGGAUUGAACCCUGCCCAUCGGCUGGUGAUGUCAGUUGAUUGACUGGUGGGUGUGGUUUGGGGAAAUGGCUUCAUUGGCCACACUGGGCUCCCUUCCCACCCACCCACUCGGUGGACCAAGACUGGCCCAUGGGCUGGAAAAUUCCCCACCCUGCCAAAGAAGCAGCCCUGGCCCUGUGAUCAUUUUGAGGUUGAAUGCUGACAAGACAGAGGUACUGUUUUGGGGGGACAGGAGACAGGCAGGUAUGGAGGACUCCCUGGUCCUGAAUGGGGCAACUGUGCCCCUGAAGGACCAGGUGCAAAGCCUGGGAGUCAUUCUGGACUCACAGCUAUCCAUGAAGGCACAGGUUAAUUCUGUGUCCAGGACAGCUGUCUACCAGCUCCAUCUGGUAUGCAGGAUGAGACCCUCCCUGCCCGCAGACUGUCUCGCCAGAGUGGUGCAAGUCACCAGAGGGUGGUGUGGGGUUUUUCUCAGAAGGGUAGUAGGAGAUGGGUGAUUGACUCAAUGGUUAUGGUAAACCUGUUGAGGGCUGUCAAUGACUGCAAUUAGUCCUACAGGAAAAAGCAAGGGAUACUAUUCAGAUGACCAAAAAUAUCUUUAGCAUUAUCUAUCCUGAAGUGCAUGCAAAAUAGCGUCAAUAAAGUGGUUCCAUGUGUAGGAUAGCAAAGUAAUCAGUGGUGAGGUGAAGACUCAGAGAUACCUUCAUUACAUGACAUCCCUCUUUGGAAAAAAGAUUCAUGCCUUUGAUAUGCGUAGAAAUCCACAGGCCUGUUUUCAUUGUGGCGAAGGAUUACCAUUUAAAUAAAUAGACUUAGUUUCAUUGCGGGGAAUUGAGAGAUGCUCAGUUAGUAAAACCCACAAGUGCAACACUGACUGGGGUUUUCCCACCCCCACCCUCUUUGAUCCUGUUUAAAUAGUCCUGCAGUUCAGGAAUAUUCAGUGAAGCAAUGAAAGUCUCUGCCUAUUUGCCAUCUCUCUGUCACCUGGAGACACACACCUGGCUUGCUCUUCCAGGUAACGUCAGCGAUGACUGAAUUCAUUUACAACAUGCACGGCACUGUUUAAUCAUUAGUGUUUCUAAGAACAGAAAUAAACCGAGAGAAUAAACCAGCGGAAGUCAUAAAGCCCAAACAUAAACCUGAACGCUACCUUAUAUUUCCAGCUGGACUAAGGAGCCCCUCUGAGUCUUGCCAUCUGAUGGUUCCCAAGACGUAACUAGCUGUACAUUUGAAAAAAUAAUAUAUACUAUUCAUUGUAUUGAAUUGUAAGAUAAAGGUAAAGGGAUCCCUGACCAUUAGGUCCAGUCGUGACCGACUCUGGGGUUGCGGCGCUCAUCUCGCUUUAUUGGCCGAGGGAGCCGGCGUAUAGCUUCCGGAUCAUGUGGCCAGCAGGAUUAAGCUGCUUCUGGCGAACCAGAGCACUGCACGGAAAUGCCGUUUAGCUUCCCGCCGGAGUGGUACCUAUUUAUCUACUUGCACCUUGAUGUGCUUUCAAACUGUUAGGUUGGCAGGAGCAGGGACCGAGCAACGGAAGCUCACCCCGUCGCGGGGAUUCGAACCACCGACCUACUGAUCGGCAAGUCCUAGGUUCUGUGGUUUAACCCACAGCGCCACCCGUGUCCCUGUAUUGAAUUGUAGAUUUCAACAAAUCCUUGUCUCAGACUCUGUGAAAGGAUUCUGUGGAACUGCAACAACCUUUCAUGUGGACUGUUGGACUCUAUGAACAGACAGGUGGAAUAGACACUUUCACAUAUGUGGACCUUAUGCACAAACUGAUUAGAGGAGGAACUGAUCUGCUGGGUCUUCUACUUUUUUUGUUGAAGUUAAUGAGCUACUUUUGUUGAAAUCUACAAUUCAAUACAAUGAAUUGUUGUUGUCGUUUAGUCGUGACCCCCUGGACCAGAGCACGCCAGGCACUCCUGUCUUCCACUGCCUCCCGCAGUUUGGUCAAACUCAUGCUGGUAGCUUUGAGAGCACUGUCCCACCAUCUGGCCCUCUGUCGUCCCCUUCUCCUUGCACCCUCCAUCUUUCCCAACAUCAGGGUCUCUUCCAGGGAGUCUUCUCUUCUCAUGAGGUGGCCAAAGUCUUGGAGCCUCAGCUUCAGGAUCUGUCCUUCCAGUGAGCACUCAGGGCUGAUUUCCUUCCGAAUGGAGAGGUUGGAUCUUCUUGCAGUCCAUGGGACUCUCAAGAGUCUCCUCCAGCACCAGAAUUCAAAAGCAUCCAUUCUUCGGCGAUCAGCCUUCUUGUUGGUCCAGCUCUCACUUCCAUACAUCACUACUGGGAAAACCAUAGCUUUAACUAUACGGACCUUUGUUGGCAAAAUACUAUGAAUAGUAUAUAUUAUUUUUUCAAACGUACAGCCAGUUACGUCUUGUGUGUUUAUUGAAUAUCUUUCACGUAACCAGAGAUUUGUUGUUGUUUUUCUCUGAUGGUUCCCUUCAUGGGCCAGCUCUGGACUCUGGGUUCUGGGCUCUGCUCAUGGCCCAUCUAGCUACCUCACUGCCCAGCUGGCUUGACACCUUAGCAUAUCUCAGUCCAAGGGGUUUCAGUGCAACUUUGGCAAAGUUUAACCAAACCUUGAUCAAUUAUAACUUCAUUACAUCACAACACAUUUAGGGGGUUCUGCCUCCUCUCCAAACUCAUAAUGCUGUUUGGUGUUUUUAAAUUUUUCAUUUGCUGUUUGGCUUUUUUAAAUAAUUGCACAAUGCUUAGAAGCUUUUAAAAAAGAAUUAAGAGGUGUAUAAAUGCCUCCAACUGGGUGAUUAUUUCGGAGCCAAGGUGUGAGGGAUCAGGGGUGUUUAGGUUUCACAACAUCUGCUGGUAAUAAUUACAAAAUUUCUUAUUUCACUACAGUCAUACCUCAUGUUACGUCCUCUUCAUGUUACGUUCUUUCAGGUUAUGUCCCGCGGCGACCCGGAAGUACCGGAAAGGGUUACUUCCAGGUUUCGCCGCUCGCGCAUGCGCAGAAGCGCAAAAUGACGUCACACGCAUGCGCAGAAGCGGCGAAUCGUAACCCACGCUUACGCAGACGCGCCGCUGCAGGUUGCACUCUUUUCAUGUUUGCCAACGGGCCUCUGGAACGGAUUCCAUUCGCAACCAGAGGUACCAGUGUAUUAUAUUUAUACCCCACCUUUGCUCCAAGGAGCUCAAAGAGGCCUGCGCAGUUCUCCUCUGCCUCCAUUUUAUCCUCACAACGACCCUGUGAGGUAGGCUCGGCUGAGAGACUAUAGCCACCCCAAGGCCACCCAAUGAGCUUGCUGGUCCAGACAGGAGAUAAACAACGCACUCAGAUUUCUGCUGUAGACCGCCUUUUCUGUGAUGUAGGUAUGAUGUUUCUGGGGGUGGUCUUGGACUCCAGGGUGGGCAAUUUAAAAUGUCUAUAUAAAGUCGGGCACACCUUGGUUCUGGUUCCUCCUCCUUCUCCUGCGUGUGAGGGGAGCACCCUGUUGCAACAGAUCAAUAAAGAUCAGACUUACAAGCUGCUUUGCUUCUCAGUAUUUUCUGGUUGGCCUCUGUUCUUUUCUCCGACUGAUGGAGAACCUGCAAAGGACUCUAUAAGGGCUCUGGUGUCCCCCAUAAGGGAAUAAGGGCAGGUUUUUGUUUAUUACACAGGCUUCCCAUCGGGGAAGCUGGAUUGGUCAAGCGGGGUCUUGAACCCUGUUUUCCCAGGGCCUAGGCUGACACCACAGUAUGUCACCAUUUCUGCCUGCCACCCAGUGGCGGCUGGUGCCCAUUGGGCCUGGCAGGGCGCAAGGCAGAGAACUUCACAGUAGGCGGAGCCAAAACCAAGGAGAGGCGGAGCCAACUCAUUCCAGUUCUCUCCCUAUCCUUCCCCCCUGUGCUAAAUUCUGCAAGGGGCAACACCAAAAGUGAGGAGGAGGAAACUGGCAAGCAGAGUCACCCCAUAGAUGGGUUGUGAGAAAUAGAGCAGGCAGGUAAGCCUAGGAUAGCUCAGUCGGUUGAGCGUGAGAUGCUCAAUCUCAGGUUCGUGGGUUCGAUUCCCACGUUGGGCAAAAGAUUCCUCCAUUGCAGGGGUUGGACUCAAUGACCCUCGGGGUCCCUUUAUAUAUCCGACCCACCCUCCCUCAGUUUGGAUGAAUUUCCAACUUCACGGUGGCCCCGAUUCCUGUGGUUUCAAAACGUGUUCUGCGCUUUGGGCGCCGCCGCUGAGUGUUCAAUCCAUGUGGAAAAUUCUCCUGUGAGAAUAUCUUCAGGGAAGUUCCUGCCUUUCUGUCUCACACUCUGCACCAACAGAUAUAUUUUUAGCUUUUUUGUUUUGGGCUGCUGGAAAGAUGUUAAGACGAUUCGGCGCCCAGGUGAGAAAUCAUAUCAUUUUGGGGUGUGUGCUUUUAUUUAAAAGAAUCUAUUAAGUUGGAAUCAAAAGAUUUGGAGUUUGUACAAUUUGGAACAUUAAAUGUGAUUUGAUUGGAUUGUUAAAAUGGGAAACUUAAUAAAAAUGAUUUUAAAAAAAAGAAAGAAAGAUUUCGAGUUGGGAGACAGCAAGCGAGGUGGGGUGACUUGAAUUUCCACCCCAUUAUCUAGCGGCCCCAAAUUCUUUUUAGAGUGUGGGUCCCAGCAUUCGUAUCCCAGAGGUGGGAAACCUCUUCCUUCUCAGAGGCCACAUUCCAUUCUGAGUGGCCUUCCGAGGGCCACACAGCCUCCCUUCUAAGUGCCGCUCAUAAUUGAGGCAGAUCGGCACCUUUUGCAAAAUUGUAAGUAAAAAAAAAAAAGAAUAAUGUGUCCAUUGGGAGAAAUUUGUCUUAAAACACGGAUGAAUUUUCAGGAGCAGUUUUACAAAAUCCGAUUGCAAGCUGAUCUAGAAAUGCGGCGAAUGCGGCUUUGUCAGUGGCUACUAGAAACUGGCAAAAAUGUUCCUCUUUGACCAGGCUUUUUGCUGAUUGGCAUCCGAUGCCCUUUUAAAGUUUGUUGUGGAAGGCGGGGAUUAUUAGGUUGUUUUGGUUUUCAUUAGUAUUUUGCGUAGGUUUUUUAAAUAAAUAUAGUGAUUUUAUGUUGUGAACUGCCCUGAGAUCUAUGGGUAUAGGGUGAUAUACAAAUUCAAUAAAUAAUAAAAAUGAUAAUGGCUGUACUCUGGCCCCACAGUUGUGAGGCAUCGAUGUAUCUGAAAACCCAGCUGCUGUAAACCACAUGCGUGGGGAUGCUCUCGAGUUCGAAUUCUGCUUGCAGUUGAAAUAAAAAAAAUAAUUUCUUAUAUAUAUAAUAAAUGUUUGUACAGUGGUACCUCAGGUUACAUACACUUCAGGUUACAUACACUUCAGGUUACAGACUCUGCUAACCCAGAAAUAGUGCUUCAGGUUAAGAACAGUUUCAGGUUAAGCACGGACCUCCGAAACGAAUUAAGUUCUUAACCUGAGGUACCACUGUAAAUGUACCAAGCAAAAGCAUACAUAAAUAUAUAAACCACACGUCUGAAGCAGCACAGGAAAACAGCCCUGAAACCAUUUUGACUCCCAAACUGACCAAAUGAUUUCUCUGCAAGGUCAAGGGAAAUGGAAAAGCCUCCCCACUGUUUUUUCCUUCACAAAUCCUGUCUUAAGGGUAUGUCUGUGUUUGAAUAGGGUGAGCCUGUGACCUGGCUCAGGAACUAAGUAGUUAUCAUUACAAAAGACUGGCCAGUCUCCCCAGGGUAUCCAGUCAAGUGAGCAUUAUCAGGUGACCUGCCAGACAGGAGAUAAACAACGCACUCAGAUUUCUGCUGUAGACUGCCCUUUCUAUGAUGUAGGUAUGAUGUGUCUGGGGGUAGUCUUGGUCUCCAAGGUGGGCAAUUUAAAAUGUCUAUAUAAGGGCAGGCACACCUAUGUUCUUGGUCCUCCUUCUCCUGCAUGUGAGGGGAGCACCCUGUUGCAACAGUUCAAUAAAGAUCAGGCUUACGAGCUGCUUUGCUUCUCAAUAUUCUCUGGUUGGCCUCUGUUCUUUUCUCCAACCGAUGGAGAACCCACAAAGGACUCUGUAAGGGCUCUUGUGUCCCUCAUAAGGGAAUAAGGGCAGAUUUUCGUUUAUUACACAGGCUUCCCAUUGGGGCAGCUGGUUGGCCACUGUGAGAACAGAAUGCUGGACUAGAUGGACCACUGGGCUGGUCCUGUGGGCUCCUCUUAUGUUCUCAGUGGCUAACCAGAUGCCUCAAAGGGAAAUCUACAAGCAGGACCCAAUGCAUCUGAAAGUAGAGGCGGGAUGUGGCCGCCAUAGCAAGAAGCCACAAUGGCCUCGUGAAUCUGCCUGUUGUUGUUGUUGUUGUUUAGUCGUUGAGUCGUGUCCGCCUCUUCGUGACCCUCUGGACCAGAGCACGCCAGGCCCUCCUGUCUUCCACUGCCUCCCACAGCUUGGUCAAACUCAUGCUGGUAGCUUCGACAACACUGUCCCACCAUCUCGUCCUCCGUCGUCCCCUUCUCCUUGUGCCCUCCAUCUUUCCCAACAUCAGGGUCUUUUCCAGGGAGUCUUCUCUUCUCAUGAAGUGGCCAAAGUCUUGGAGCCUCAGCUUCAGGAUCUGUCCUUCCAGUGAGCACUCAGGGCUGAUUUCCUUCAGAAUGGAGAGGUUUAUCUUCUUACAGUCUAUGGGACUCUCAAGAGUCUCCUCCAGCACCAGAAUUCAAAAGCAUCCAUUCUUCGGCGAUCAGCCUUCUUGAUGGUCCAGCUCUCGCUUCCAUACAUCACUACUGGGAAAACCAGAGCUUUUACUAUAUGGACCUUUGUUGGCAAGGUGAUGUCUCUCCUCUUUCAAAAGCCAUCCCGUUUGGUGGCCCUCACUGCCUCUAGUCUGAGCACAUUCCAGCCGCGCUGUAUGGGAUACAAAUCUGGUUCCCCAUAGGUUUUACUUCUAAUCCUCCCCCUCCCCCUGAAAGAAUACCUCCUUUGCUCUUUUAAAUUGGCAGAGGAUAAGCUGUUGCCCUACAAAUGACUAUAGCAGAGAGAGGAAGCAAAGGCUUCGGCAGUGUGCAAUAAUAAUAAGAACCAUGGCAGUGUUGCUCGCUGCCACAAUGGGGGCGUUUUCAAAAUGUCCCCGUUUUCUUCUCUGAGAUAUUGAACAGGACUUAGCGCAGGCACAAUGUCAGCUUUCAGCCUGGUUUUAAAAUCGUUUCAUGGUUUUUUUCCCCUUUUUUAAAGUUAUUGCCUGCUAAAAUGCAUUUUCCAUUUCUUUGAUUGGAACAUUUUGAACUGUCCUGGGCGUGGGGUGGGAAAGGUGUGUCCCUUUGAGAGUUAAAAGCUGGAGUAUAUAAAUGAUAUGGUUUGCUUGCUUGCUUGCUUAAUGAGUUUGGAUCCUACCUUUCUCUUGAGCUGGGAUUCAAGGCAGCUUACGACGUUUGGGAAGCAUGGUUCAAAAAUACAAACAAACUGGUUAAAAACAAUACAGUGGUACCUCUGGGUGCGAAUGGGAUCUGUUCUGGAGCCCCAUUCACAUCCUGAAGUGAACGUAACCCAUGUCUGCGCAUGCACAGGUCACAAUUUGCCGUUUCCGUGCAUGCGCGUGACGUCAUUUUGAGCAUCUGUGCAUGCGCAAGUGGCGAAACUUGGAAGUAACGCAUUCCGUUACUUCUGGGUCACCGCAGAGCGUAACCUGAAAACACUCAACCUGAAGCAUAUUUAACCCGAGGUAUGACUGUAGUUUAAGGGACGCGGGUGGCGCUGUGGGUUAAACCACAGAGCCUAGGACUUGCCGAUCAGAAGGUCGGCGGUUCGAAUCCCCACGACGGGGUGAGCUCCCGUUGCUCGGUCCCUGCUCCUGCCAACCUAGCAGUUCGAAAGCAUGAAGUGCAAGUAGAUAAAUAGGUACCGCUCCGGCGGGAAGGUAAACGGCGUUUCCGUGCACUGCUCUGGUUCGCCAGAAGCAGCUUAGUCAUGCUGGCCACAUGACCCGGAAGCUGUCUGUGGACAAACGCUGGCUCCCUCAACCUAUAGAGCGAGAUGAGCGCACAACCCCAGAAUCGGUCAUGACUGGACCUAAUGGUCAGGGGUCCCUUUACCUAUGACUGUAGUUAAAACAUUUUUAGAACCAGCAAUUAAAAUCCAGUUUGACCUGACAGCAGCCUAAUUUCCAAAGGCCUGUCUGGACAGGAAGGUUUUAGCCAGCAGGCGGGAAAAUAACAAAGAGGGAGACAGUCUGACACCUUUGGGGAGGGAAUUCCACAACCUGGGAGCAGUCACAGCAAAGACUUUCUCUCUCUCUCUCUCUCUCUCUCUCUCUCUCUCUCUCUCUUCUGUGACCACCACCCAUGCCUUGAAUACUGAUGGGAUCAAGAGAAGGUGCUCACCCAAGGAUCUUAGCACCUGGGCAGGUUUGUUUGGGGAGAUCAUUUUCCCAGGUAACCCAGACCCAAGUCAUGUUACUUUUGUACCCCGCCUUUCCUUCGAAGAGCUUGAGGUGGAGCACGCAGCUCUCCCCACCCCCCUUUCCACCUCACAACAAGUCUAUGAGGCAGGUCAGGCUGAGAAAGGCAGGAUCUGGCCCAGGGUCACCCGGUGACCUUCAUGGCUGAGUGAGAAUUUCAACCCUGGUGCCCCAGGUGAUAGUUUGACACUCUGCCAUUGAAACUGUCAGAAGAUGGCAGAAGAUUGCAAUGCCUUUUUGCAGUGGCCGCCUUCAGGACGUAACUGGCGCGAACAUCUUUGGACAGGAGCUUUGCUGUCUCAUCUUGUUCUGGACAUAAGAGUCAAAGGAAGACGCUCACUGCAUAGGUUUGUUGAGAAACGGGAGUGUGCAAACGAUUGAAAACUAUAAAACACAAUGUCGCACCUGUUUAUAUAUUGUGCAACGCUGCAUAAGGUGAUUUUUCAGAGAAUUGUAUGGUGUUGCUGGUUUUGAUACUUUAUUGCUGCAAUAAAAAUUAAAUUAAAAGCAAUAAAAAGAAGUAAACAACGUGUGACUGUGGAGUUUGCAAUGGCAGCAAAGUGAGGCAUCGGAGCAUUGGAGGGGAAGUCGGGAGACGGUAGCUGUGUGGCACGGAGGACAAUGCGAGACCCUCCCAAAUUUUGCUGGACUCCAACUCCCCGUGGCCAGCAUUCCUAAUGGUCUUUGUUUUAACUAUUUAUAUGUGCGUUUAUCUUGCAUUUUUAUCUUGUGAACCGCCCUGAGAUCUUCAGCCGACGGGCCAUAUAUAAAUUAGAUAGAUGGAUGGAUCAUUAGAUUUUGUAGCUCGCUGACUGGUUGUGAGAAGCCAGCCUCUGCUUCUGAGAUUGUGGGUUGCUUACAUAUGGAUAAAGACAGAUACGGUGGAGUACAGGGUCAGGUUUAAGGUGCUGCUUUUGACCUUUAAAGCCCUACACGGCCUAGAACCCAUGUACCUACGGGACCGCCUCUCCUGGUACGCCCCACGGAGGACCUUAAGGUCCACAAACGACAACACUUUGGAGGUCCCAGGUCGCAAGGUGGUUAGAUUGGUCUCAACUAGGGCCAGGGCCUUUUCAGUACUGGCCCCGACUUGGUGGAACGCUCUGAAGAAGAGACCAGGGCCCUGCGGGACUUGACAUCUUUCUUCAGGGCCUGCAAGACAGAGCUGUUCUGCCUGGCCUUUGGUUUGGACUCAGUCUGACCCUUAUGUUUUCCCUCCCCUUGUGGUUUUGAUCUAUGGGCUACUUACAAAACGAGGCUGCAUUUUAAAUUGCAUUUUAACCUUUAUUUUAAAUUGUUUCCCCCCUAUUAUGUUUUUACUGUAAUUUUACUGGUGUUAGCCGCCCUGAGUCCAGCUCUGGCUGGGGAGGGCAGGGUAUAAAUAAAAUUAUUUAUUAUUAUUAUUAUUAUUAUUAUUAUUAUUGGUGUGCGUGCGAUGCCUAGCACCCACCCAGUGGCGUAGCGUGGGGGGUGCAGGGGGGCCGGCCGCACCGGGCGCAACAUCUGGGGGGGCGCACUCGCACUCGCAGCUCUCUGCCCCUACCUGGCUCACUCACUCUCUCUCACUGCAGUGCUGGCUGUGCGAAUCCGAUCCGAGCCACUGGGUCGCCGCCCACUGUGGAGGGGGUGGGUGCCAGGCGUGCGGUGCGGAGAGAGAGCGAGGGACUAUCUGGGGGAGGGACAGUGCAGUGGCCGCCCAGCGCAGCGCUGAGCACGGGAGAGAACCACACCAGACCAGCCCAGGCAGCAGCAAGAAGAAGCUGGCAGCGGUGGCAGGUUAGGGGUUAGGGGGCGCAAAUUACUUGCCUUGCCCCGGGUUAGAGGGCGCAAAUUACUUGCCUUGCCCCGGGUGCUGACAACCCACGCUACGCCGCUGCACCCACUGCAGGCCUUUGAUAACAUUAGUAAAUAAGAAGAGCCCUGCGGGUGAAUCAGUCCAAAUGGGACCCAUCUAGACCCAAUGUCCUCUUCUUACAGGGGCCAUUUAGAUGCCUCGAUGGGAAGCCUCCGAACAGGGCUUCAGCGCAGCACCUCUCCUUCCCCUCCCUGGUUUACUAGCGAGUAGGAUUCGCGGGUGGCGCUGUGCAUUAAACCACAGAGCCUAGGACUUGCCAAUCAGAAGGUUGGUGGUUCGAAUCCCCACGAUGGAGUGAGCUCCCGUUGCUCGGUCCCUGCUCCUGCCAACCUAGCAAUUCAAAAGCAGGUCAAAGUGCAAGUAGAUAAAUAGGUCCCGCUCCGGCGGAAAGGUAAACGGUGUUUCCGUGCGCUGCUCUGGUUCGCCAGAAGCGGCUUAGUCCUGCUGGCCACAUGACCUGGAAGCUGUACGCCGGCUCCCUCGGCCAGUAAAGCGAGAUGAGCGCCACAACCCCAGAGCGGCCACGACUGGACCUAAUGGUCAGGGGUCCCUUUACCUUUACUAGGAUUCAAGAGGCAAGCAGCCUCUGACAAUCACCGAGGCAUCGUGGGCUAGGAGUAGCCCAUGGCAGACUUCUCCUCCUCCAACAAUUUGUCUACAGUGGUACCUCGGGUUACGUACUUAAUUCGUUCCGGAGGUCCGUUCUUAUCCUGAAACUGUUCUUAACCUGAGGUACCACUUUAGCUAAUGGGGCCUCCCACUGCCGCUGUGCGAUUUCUGUUCUCAUCCUGAAGCAAAGUUCUUAACCCGGGGUACUAUUUCUGGGUUAGCAGAGUCUGUAACCUGAAGCGUAUGUAACCUGAAGCAUCUGUAACCCAAGGUACCACUGAAUCUUGCAUUCUGGAAAUGUACAUCCAGGUGUUUUUUUCGUUCCGGAGGUCCGUUCUUAACCUGAAACUGUUCUUAACCUGAGACACCACUUUAGCUAAUGGGGCUUCCCGCUGCCCUCGGAGCACGAUUUCUGUUCUCAUCCUGAAGCAAAGUUCUUAACCCGAGGUACUAUUUCUGGGUUAGCAGAGUCUGUAACCUGAAGCGUCUGUAAGCUGAGGCAUCUGUAACCCAAGGUACCACUGUAAUCCCCUUUUAAAGCUGGUGGUGGCUGCUACCUCUUUCCGGAACAAAUGCCACAGUCUGAAGAUUACAUUCCCACCUCUUUUUCUUCCAGGAUGCGCCUUCCUGACCUACUGCGCCCGCGAGUCAGCUCUCAAGGCCCAAAGUGCUCUCCACGAGCAGAAGACGCUACCUGGGGUAAGUUGUUUGUGCUGUUUGCCGAUUUACCUUGCCGUCCAUCCCCUAUGCACACACACACCUACCUUCCUGGUCACUCUCUUUCUGUCUGUCUGUCUGUCUGUCUGUCUGUCUGUCUUUCUCUUGCAAUAACCACAUGGCCGUUUCUCUCUGUGUGGAGCCAGUUGGGGAAUGGACUCUCCUGAGAUUUCAAACCCUCUCUCUUUCCCUCACUCUCUCUCACACAGACCUCUUCGCUUAGACAAGGAGAAGUUCUGCAGGAACGCGCUCCUUAGAAAUCCUGCCUUUGUUUGGUUGCGGUUUAAGUUAUAAAGUUAGUUAGUUGCAUAUUACCUUGUACAUGCAUUAGUCUGAACUGCCAGUGCCUUUUUGUGGAGCCUGGUUCCAGAGGUCCAAGGCUCAAACUGGCAAACACACGUGGCGUCAGAAGUCAGUAAACAGGAUAAACUUUGCCUAUGUCCAGCAAAAUUUCAGAUGCCAAGAAAGGUUCGUCUGGGAAGAAUUUGCAGAGAUCUCGGGGCACAGGAGAGGAAGGGUGGGAUUUUAAUCACAGGAACCUAGGAAGCUGCCUUGCAUCAGGCCAUUGGUCCAUCAAGUUCAAUAUUGUCUACACUGACUGGCAACAGCUCUCCAGGGUUUUUGGCUGAGGACAUUCCCAUCUCUACAUGGAGCUGCCAGGGACUUGAACCCAAGACCUACAUGAAAAACAGGUGCUUUGUCACUGGGCUGUGACGCUUCCCCUUAGAUUGCAAACCUGCAGACAGGACCCUGUUUUAUGUUUAAUUUCUUGGCAGCACCUAGUGACUUUAGGCACCUUUAUAAAUAAUAAACAGUGAUUCUUAUUCCUUAGGAAAAGAUGUUUACCCUGCUGUUCUGUACAUCCCCCGAGGCAGCUAAGAAUAAUAAAACUCAUCAAGAUAUUGGGUCGUUGGACGUUUUUCCCAUUAUUAUUUUAAAAAGCCCAAAUAACCAAGGAGACUGAAAAUGAAAGCAGUUAGCCAGUGAAGCCUCAUCAACACACCUGAUAAAACAUUAAUAACCAGUAAUGGGUCGUUUUUAUUUUUUUAGAAAAAGCAAGGAUUCCGGCAAAUGGGCAAAUUGGUCAAGUUCAUUUUCUCUCACUUUCCCAGGGUUAAGUUCAGUUGUCCAAAUUUCCACUGCCAGUUUAUGAUUUUCUUUAGAAGCCCUCGUGAACAUUCAACUGCAUUUGAAUGCAAAUUUCUCCUAAUAUGCCUAGCUUUUGUCUGCGAUCUCUCCUUGUUGUUGUUGUUUAGUCGUUUAGUCUUGUCUGACACUUCGUGACCCCCUGGACCAGAGCACACCAGGCACUCCUGUCUUCCACUGCCUCCCUCAUGUUCAUAGCUUCGAGAACACUGUCCCACCAUCUCGUCCUCUGUCGUCCCCUUCUCCUUGUGCCCUCCAUCUUUCCCAACAUCAGGGUCUUUUCCAGGGAGUCUUCUCUUCUCCUGAGGUGGCCAAAGUCUUGGAGCCUCAGCUUCAGGAUCUGUCCUUCCAAUGAGCACUCAGGGCUGAUUUCCUUCAGAAUGGAUCAGUUUGAUCUUCUUGCAGUCCAUGGGACUCUCCAGAGUCUCCUCCAGCACCAGAAUUCAAAAAUAUCAGUUCUUCAGCAACCAGUCUUCUUUAUGGUCCAGCUCUCACCUCCAUACAUCACUACUGGGAAAACCAUAGCUUUAACUAUACGGACCUUUGUUGGCAAGGUGAUGUCUCUGCUUUUUAAGAUGCUGUCUAGGUUUGUCAUUGCUUUUCUCCCAAGAAGCAGGCGUCUUUUAAUUUCGUGACUGCUUUCACCAUCUGCAGUGAUCAUGGAGCCCAAGAAAGUAAAAUCUCUCACUGCCUCCAUUUCUUCCCCUUCUAUUUGCCAGGAGGUGAUGGGCCCAGUGGCCAUGAUCUUCGUUUUUUUGAUGUUGAGCUUCAGACCAUAUUUUGCACUGUACACAAUUUUUGCAAAGCAAUCUCCCCUCAUAGACGCAGGCCUGAGGAUUGUGUGGCUGAUUGUUUUGUGGGAACACAGGGUCUGAGGGGGGAGCCAGGCUGAGGGAAAAGUUAGCAACCAGCAGGAAGCCAACUUGGCUCAGUGCAGAUCCUAGGAGCUCACUACCAGACCUUGCAAACAGGGGCGUUUGCAAGGGCGUUUAGCGGGAGAGGCCAGAUUUCUGUCUCUUGGUGUGUAUAUUGCCACACCUCAAGUGACAGGACAAUAAUAAAUAAUAGUAAUAAUAAAUUUUUAUUUAUACCCCACCCUUCCUGGUUCAAAAACCCAGCUCAUGGCUGCUUUAGCUGAUAUUCCUGCAUUGCAGCGGGUUGGACUAGAUGACCCCUGGGGUCCCAAACCAACAGUUCCAUGAUUCUAAGAUGCAUUUUGAUACAUUGUUUUCACACUUUAACCCUACGGAUGCGUACAUGUUAUUCAUACAUGACUGGAGAACAGCAUUGCAAAAUUCAGAGAAGCGCAAAUUUCCAAGGCGACGGCUGCAUUUCGGUUCACGCAUUGUUUCGAAAAGUGUGAAUUCAUGUGCAAACUGGCUCCAAUAUCUCCCCCAUCCAUCACCUUAAUCAGAGAAACACCUCUUCCAAAGGAAAAAAAGGAAAACAAAAAACCCCAGUAUCCUUAAGGAUGUAGUGAUGUGUGGAAGUGAGAGCUGGACCAUAAAGAAGGCUGAUCGCCAAAGAAUGGAUGCUUUUGAAUUCUGGUGCUGGAGGAGGCUCUUGAGAGUCCCAUGGACUGCAAGAAGAUCAAACCUCUCCAUUCUGAAGGAAAUAGCCCUGAGUGCUCACUGGAAGGACAGAUCCUGAAGCUGAGGCUCCAAAACUUUGGCCACCUCCUGAGAAGAGAAGACUCCCUUGAAAAGACCCUGAUGUUGGGAAAGAUGGAGGGCACAAGGAGAAGGGGAUGACGGAGGAUGAGAUGGUUGGACAGUGUUCUCAAAGAGACCAGCGUGAGUUUGAUCAAACUGCGGGAGGCAGUGGAAGACUGGAGGGCCUGGCGUGCUCUGGUCCAGGGGGUCACGAAGAGUUGGACACGACUAAACAACAACAACAAUCCUUAAGGAUCUCCCUUUCAUUUUGUUGCCCCCCCCCCAAAAUAGCCCCUUCUCCAUCCUCCUUCUCUUCUUCCCCCCAUCCACGGCCAAAUGCACAACAGCAGAAUUAAAAUGGUGGGAAACCUAAAUAUCCCCUUCCCUUCCUUGUUUCCCUUGUGGGUCUGCAGAGCAGAUGUUUCUCUUUGUCUGUGGGGCAAAAAUUAUUUAUUUUUUACCCUCCUUCUGCCUCCUCCAGCCCCCACCCACCACCUGCUUUCACUUUCCAGAGUUCUUCCUUCAGUAAAAUGCUUGUUGUUGCUAGUGAUUUUUAUUUUUAUUUUUGGGGAGUGGGGUGGGGGACAGUGUGCUGGUCAGAAAUGUCUGCUCCUCCCCACAGACCACCUCGUUUCCCCCCCAGUUUUGCUCAUUGGAUAUGGGAAGUUCGGAAGGAGAAAUGUGCUUCUGAGCCGACUAUAGCAAGCUGACUUUCACUGUAUAGUUUAGUAUUAUCUACACUGGCUGGCAGCAGCUGUCCAGGUUUUCAGGCAGUGGACAGCAGGUUCUCUAUCCUCUGAGUUACCCCCCUUCCCUUAAAAAUGAAGUUAAGAUUCCAGUCCUCAUGGUUCUGAGGAAAGGACAGCUUUAAACAGGAACGUAGGUAGCUGCCUUAUAUGGAGUCAGAACAUUGGUCCAUCUAGUUCAGUAUUGUCUGCCCAGACUGGCAGCAGCUCUCCAGGGUUUCAGGCAGGGGGCAUUAUUGUCAGCUCUCCCUAGAGAUGCCGAGAUUCGAACCCAGGACCUUCUGCAUGCAUAGCAGAGUUACAGCCCCUUCCCAAAGACCCAAUAAGAUUCCAGUCCUCCUGAUUCCCUUUUCUCCUUUUUCCAGUCUUUCGUUCGGUUUGCUACAUUUCUGUCGUUUUUUGGAACAACUCCUCAAAUUUUUUUGUCAGGUCUCCUAAGGUAUACAGUGGUACCUCGGUUUACGAACUUAAUCCAUUCCAGAAGACCGUUUUUAAACCAAAACCGUUCUUAAACCGAGGCAAAGUUCUCAAACCGGGACACUACUUCCGGUUUUGCGGAGUUUGUAAACCAAAUCGUUCUUAAACCGGACUGCUCUUAAACCGAGGUACCUCUGUACAUUUUUUGACGCAAUUUUGCCCUUACGUACAGAAUUUUUUAAAUUAUUAUUAUUUAGCAAUUGCGUUUUGUUUUGUUUUUUAUAAAUUUUUAUUAACAAUUUCAACAUAACAAUUACUUAACGUAACAACAGAAUUCAUUUAAAAAGAAAGGAAAAAGGAAAAAAGAGAUUUUAGAAGAGAUUGCAGAAAAAUAGAAACAAUUGUCAAAGAAAGCAAAUAAGGAGUCAGUUAAACAGGCAACCAGAACACAACAAACUCAAUAUUCUAUGAUAAUUAAUGAGGGAAUCAGCUGGAAAAUGAAAAGAAUGAAACAAAAAUAUUUUGAGCGUGCCAAUAAAUCAGGAAAACGGCAGCUGAAGAAAGUGAACAAAGGAACUCUAUUAAUAAAAUUAAUAUAGCAAUUGCAUUUUGUAUACCAUUUUCACUAAUGCAGGGAAGGCACUCUGCACAUGCGCAAGGAUACCCUUGCUGCCUCACAGUCUUCAGGCCUGAACUCGUACCAGCGGGCUUUUCUCUUUCGCAGCCUUUUGUUCUUUACGCGUUGGCAAAACAGCAGGUGUUUUAUGCAUUUGUGGGUUCCAGCUCUGCCUCUGCACAGCUUGCCUUAUUUAUUUGGGGGGAGGGACGGGAGACGAACACUUGCUCUUCCACCUACCUCCCUUACACCUGGUUUCCUAGCACCUGCUUAGCAAAGGAGGAGGUAAAACAGCAACACGUUCAAAGGGCAGGUGUUUCGCCUGAUGUCUGAAUAGGAGCUACAGUUGCUACCUUUGUUCUGGCGGGGCCUGAGGCCCUGACCAUCGCAGUCACCUGUCUCUUGCGUUUCACCUGUGCCCAUCCUUUCAGCUACGGUUACAGGUGUGUGAGAGCUGCUUUUUUAAAAAAAAAUUGUAUUGAUUUUAACAUAUAAAUUAUAAAAUGUACCACAAAACUUAUCACUUAUACCAUCAUUUUAGACUUCCAUCAGCACCUCUGUUUUAACCACUUCUUAUGCAUUUCUUCAGUUUAUCUUGCCUUUACAUCUCUUAACAAAUCAUCCUUCCCCUUCUCCAUUUUUGCAAUACUUCCAAUCAUUGUAGUUGUUUAGUUGUUUAGUCGUGUCCGCCUCUCCGUGACCCCCUGGACCAGAGCACGCCAGGCCCUCCUGUCUUCCACUGCCUCCCUCAUGCUGGUAGCUUCGAGAACACUGUCCCACCAUCUCAUCCUCUGUCGUCCCCUUCUCCUUGUGCCCUCCAUCUUUCCCAGCAUCAGGGUCUUUUCCAGGGAGUCUUCUCUUCUCAUGAGGUGGCCAAAGUCUUGGAGCCUCAGCUUCAGGAUCUGUCCUUCCAGUGAGCACUCAGGGCUGAUUUCCUUCAGAAUGGAGAGGUUUGAUCUUCUUGCAGUCCAUGGGACUCUCCAGAGUCUCCUCCAGCACCAGAAUUCAUAACUUCCAACCAUACUCCUCACAAAACUUCUUGCAAACCUACAAACGUCGUCUGAUCUUCACAAAUACAUUUCAAAUAGUCCGUAAAUUUACUCCAGUCUUCUGUGAAUUUAUGGUCCCGCCGGUUUCGAAUCCUUCCUGUUAGUUUAUCUAAUUCUGCAUAGUCCAUUAACUUCAUCCUCCAUUCUUCAAUCGUCGGUAAUUCUUCUUGUUUCCAUUUUUGGGCCAGUAAUAUUCUUGCUGCUGUUAUUGCAUAUAAAAAGAGCUUAUAUUCCUUUCUAAGGUGUGUGAGAGCUGCUGAAGGAAAUUAUCUUUGGUUCCUAUCCUGUGAUGAGUUUAUCACGUUCGCACUUUGUGAAACAAUGAAGAACCAUCCUUCAAAAUCUAUUAUUAUUAUUGUCAGGGCAGCCCUGACAAUUAUUAUUAUUAUUAUUAUUAUUAUUAUUAUUAUUAUUAUUAGUUUACAUACCGCCCUUCAUCUCAGGGCAGCUCACAACAUAAAAUUACAAGAGAAAAGCACAAAAUUCGUAAUAAAAAUAAGAACAGGACAAAACCAAAAAUCCCUGCCCCUUCCCUCAACACAUUUAAAAGGGCAGAUUUUACAACGCCGUUCUCCAGCCAAGCAGCUUUUACACAAAAAUGCAUCUAUUAUAAAAAAGGGUGUGUCGGUGAAAAUAUUGAAUGUAUUAUAAAAAAUGUGUUACAUGUGGGGAAAUGGCUCAUAGAACGGAGUGCCUUAGUCAGAGCACCCUUCAAAAAUGUGUUUAUUGGGAGGAAACCGCACUAAAGCUCUGGAGAGUUUUCAUGAAGAUUUUCUUCAGUGCAAAUCGCUGCAGAAAUGGGAAGAGCCGGAUUUAAAGAUAGGGAAAGUGAGAAACAGAAACUUGAAACUGACAGUUUUAUUACACCCCAAAUGUCUGUAUACUGGGAUUCCACAGGGACAGUGCGGAACGUGGUAGAGGCUUCAGUUUGUAAGCUUUCAACGCAGCAGGUUUUCUAGUCCCUGUGGUGCCCUCAAGUCACUGAGCUUCCAUCAGCACCGCCUGAUUAGACCAAUGGUCAGGGAUGGUGGGAGUUGUAGUCCGACAACAAUUGGAGGGCAUAGUGUUGGCUAGCUGUACUCCAGCCCUUCCACCAGAGAGGAGAGACUGCUGACCCACAGGUCAAAAGCAGGCACCAGAGCCUCUCCAUCUGCCCCACAGGUUUGUUUGUGUAGUAGUAGUAAUAAUAAUAAUAAUAAUAAUUUUAUUUAUUUAUACAUAUAUACAUACAUACAUACAUACAUACAUACAUACCCUGCCCAUCUGGCUGGGUUUCCCCAGCCACUCUGGGCUGCUUCCAACUGAAUACAGUGGUACCUCUGGUUAAGUACUUAGUUGGUUCUGGAGGUCCGUUCUUAACCUGAAACUGUUCUUAACCUGAAGCACCACUUUAGCUAAUGGGGCCUCCCGCUGCCGCCGCACAAUUUCUAUUCUCAUCCUGAAGCAAAGUUCUUAACCCGAGGUACUAUUUCUGGGUUAGGUAAAGGUAAAGGUACCCCUGCCCGUACGGGCCAGUCGUGUCCGACUCUAGGGUUGUGCGCUCAUCUCACUCUAGAGGCCGGGAGCCAGCGCUGUCCGCAGACACUUCCGGGUCACGUGGCCAGCGUGACGAAGCUGCUCUGGCGAACCGGCACCAGAGCAGCACACGGAAACGCCGUUUACCUUCCCGCUAUAAAGCGGUACCUAUUUAUCUACUUGCACUUAAGGGUGCUUUCGAACUGCUAGGUGGGCAGGAGCUGGGACCGAACCACGGGAGCUCACCCCGCCGCGGGGAUUCGAACCACCGACCAUGCAAUCGGCAAGUCCUAGGCACUGAGGUUUUACCCACAGCACCACCCGCGUCCCUUAUUUCUGGGUUAGUGGAGUCUGUAACCCAAAGCGUAUGUAGCCCGAGGUACCGCUGUAUUAAAAACAAUACAGCAUCAGACAUUAAAAACUUCCCUAAACAGGGCUGCCUUCAGAUGUCUUUUAAAGAUAGGAUAGCUGCUUAUUUCCUUCACAUCUGAAGGGAGGGCGUUCCACAGGCAGGGCGCCACCACCGAGAAGGCCCUCUGCCUGGUUCCCUGUAACCUCACAUCUCGCAAUGAGGGAACCGCCAGAAGGCCCUCGGCGCUGGACCUCAGUGUCCGGUCUGAACGAUGGGGGUGGAGACGCUCCUUCAGGUAUACUGGACCAAGGCCGUUUAGGGCUUUAAAGGUCAGCACCAACACUUUGAAUUGUGCUCAUGUAGGUGGCCGUGCCCAUAUUUAUCUUGGCCGUGUGCCCUCCACUGGAAUGCACCCACUCCACCCCACCUCCCACUCCCUGGAGGAUUGGCUAAGAGGGCAAAGCAGCCCCCAGGCACCCCUUUCACCGAAGAAGCCUUCUGGCUCAGACCAGAAAUCUUCAUCUAGUCCAGUUUCCUCUUCCCCAUAGUUGGCCAAUCAAAUGCCUCUGGGAAGCCCAAAAGCAAGAGUUUGGCAACAGCUCUUCCUAGCUCUUCCUAACUUUUUGUUUCUCCGACGAUGGCUGCAGCCCCUCCCCUCCACGGUCGGAGGCAGCGAUGCUUCUGAAUACCCCUUGGUGGAAACCACAGGAGGGGAGAGUGCUGUUUUCGCACUCGGGUCCUGCUCAGGGUGCCCACUGGGGCCGCUGGCUGGCCCCUGUGAGUGCUGGACUAGAUGGGUCCCUGGCCACAUUUAGCAGGACUCUCCUUGCAUUUUAAUACACUUCUUUAGAGAAGGCGAGAACCGAAACCCUGUGAAAUUUGCGCUUUUCCAGAUUGUGAUGCAGUUCUCCCGUACACACACACACACACAAAAUAUGAAUAUUGUUAGCAGGGAGCGUGCACAGAAAUGCAGCUGCGAGUGAAAAAUUAUGACGACGCUCUAUGUGAAGGGAGACCGCCUGCAAAAAAGGAAAUGUAUACGUUAAGCAAAACUGCAUUCGGAAAAGGGCAUGUGAGGAGAAAAAAAAAUGCUGACUUUUUAAAUUAAAAGAAGAAGCGCCAAGUGAGGCGGAAAGGUGGCGAAGCAAACUUCAGAUGGGGGGGUGACAAAUGGAUAGAAACUGAAAUUGACAAGAGUCUGUCACAGUACUGCUCACAGUACGUUGAUUUCAGGAUGAAAGCCAUGCAAAUGAUAACUGGUGGCAGAAUUUAACAGAGGGGGGGGAAUUAUUUAUUUCUGUGGAACUGCAGAAAUAUAUAUAUAUCUGGCACCCAGGUCUGGCUUCCUUGCUUUCCAUCUCCCUCCCGGUCCUCCCUUUUGUUCAGGGACUUAUCUGGAAACAUCUGUUAUAAAUAUCUCCCACUUUGCUCCUGGUACGGCGGCGUCACCUGGCUGCUCGGUUGCUAGGAUACCGGCGGCUCGAGAAAGCACCGUUGCCAGGUAAACACGGUCCGGGCGGCUCAUGGCAGGGAAGAAGGGGGGGUGGAGAGGGGGGAUGGAAAAGGGGGGCAGGUGCGCCAAGCUGUGGGUGGCUGAGCUAACAAUGGCAGGGGGGUCUGCCGGGGGAAGCAGUGGCGAUGCGUCUGCCUUCUGCCUUGUGGGAAUGGCAUCCACGUCCCAGGAGGGUUUUGCGUCUGGGUUGAUAUCCGCGUCUGUUUUCCUUAGGAACCGGGCAGAGAAGACGAGAGCUCUGCUUCCCCACCCCAUAUCUCUCCACCCCACUCAGGCCUCUUUGGGGUCAGCAGUUUUGCGGGAGGGGAGAAUUCUGGGGGCUGCAGCUUCUCCCCGCAGAGUGGGGAGAGGGGUUUUUUGCUUGUCUCUCGCUCUUGCAACUCGCAGGCAUCCGAGCUGAACGUUGGAAGAUUUCUGAAGUAUGUUUAGAAGUACGUUUCCAAGCACAGUUCAAAGUGUUGGUGCUGACCUUGAAAGCCCUAAACGGCCUCGGCCCACUAUACCUGAAGGAGCGUCUCCACCGCCAUCGUUCUGCCCAAACACUGAGGUCCAGCUCCGAGGGCCUUCUGGCGGUUCCUUCCCUGCAAGAAGUGAGGUUACAGGGAACCAGGCAGAGGGCCUUCUCGGUGGUGGCACCUGCCCUGUGGAACGCCCUCCCACCAGAUGUAAGAGAGAAAAAGAACUACCAAACCUUUAGAAGACAUCUGAAGGCAGCCCUGUUUAGGGAAGCUUUUAAUGUUUAAUAGGUUAUUGCAUUUUAGUGUUCUGUUGGAAGCCGCCCAGAGUGGCUGGGGUACAAAUAAUAAAUUAUUAUUAUUAUUAUUAUUAUUAUUAUUAUUAGCGAAAACCUUUCUGUUGCCCUCAGAAGCUCUUGAUUGGACCUCCUCAUUAGGAACCACCAAACCGGCUUUGAAAUGUCACUCGGGGUGAAAUUUGGUUUUGAUAUGGUAGAUGAAAUUGUCUCCCUUGUCAAGGCGUGGGCUUAGCCCUCGUUGGCCCUGAUUCACCUCAAACGGGUGGGUCUUUUCCAGGGAGUCUUCUCUUCUCAUGAGGUGGCCAAAGUCUUGGAGCCUCAGCUUCAGGAUCUGUCCUUCCAGUGAGCGCUCAGGGCUGAUUUUCUUCAGAAUGGAGAGGUUUGAUCUUCUUGCAGUCCAUGGGACUCUCAAGAGUCUCCUCCAGCACCAGAAUUCAAAAGCAUCCAUUCUUCGGCGAUCAGCCUUCUUUAUGGUCCAGCUCUCACUUCCAUACAUCACUACUGGGAAAACCAUAGCUUUAACAAUAAGGACCUUUGUUGGCAAGGUGAUGUCUCUGCUUUUUAGGAUGCUGUCUAGGUUUGCCAUUGCUUUUCUCCCAAGAAGCAGGCCACAACCUCUCCUUUCCAACUUUCCACUUUUGGAAGGUUGAAACAACUAGCAUGACUAUCACAACCAAAUUAACUCAUUAAAACAAUAAAAGGUAAAGGGACCCCUGACCAUUAGGUCCAGUCGUGUCCGACUCUGGGGUUGCGGCACUCAUCUCGCUUUAUUGGCCGAGGGAGCCGGCAUACAGCUUCCAGGUCAUGUGGCCAGCAUGACUAAGCCGCUUCUGGCAAACCAGAGCAGCGCACGGAAACGCCGUUUACCUUCCCGCCGGAGCGGUACCUAUUUAUCUACUUGCACUUUGACGUGCUUUCGAACUGCUAGGUUGGCAGGAGCAGGGACCGAGCAACAGGAGCUCACCCCGUCGCGGGGAUUCGAACUGCUGGCCUUCCGAUUGGCAAGUCCUAGUAUCAAAAUAGUUUAAACCCAGUCAACGCAAUGCUUUCAUUGCUGACACAGAUGGCUUACUCUAUAUUUCUUAUAAUUCCUGUUAGCAAUCCCACCUGAUCACUACUCUAGGCUCUGUGGUUUAACCCCCAGCUCCCCUGAGGACCAUUGAAACCAGGACCAUUUUAUGCUAAAAAAAGAAAGAAAAAGAAAUUGUGUCCCUUGUCAAGGCCUGGGCUCAGCCCUCGUUGGCCCCGAUUCACCUCGAACAGCGCUCCUUGCACAAGGCCUCACUCCCCGCGCAAGAAGGUGGCGGGUGAGAUUUUCGCUCUCGUUUCCCAUCUCUUCGCUCCAAAGGAAGGGCACGGCACUCUCGCCUGAGAUCAGAAGGCAUUUAUCUGGGUGCCAACUGCUCUAAGCCGGCUUCUCGGGCUCCUCCCUGCCCCCAAUGCAACACGCUUUGCCUCGGCUCCGCCAGGCCUAAAUCCAGGGAUUAUCCAGCCCAAUCCCAAAUCUCCUUAGAUCCCAGAAUGCUGUGCAUGGCCGGCGCAUUACCGUGGGCUGCGUUGGUGGGGGAUGAGCAGCCUGCUGUUUGUUUAGUAUCGGUGGCUGAGGGAGGGCGAUACGCCAUUCGAGGUAAAUGGCUCUGGAGAGGGAGAGAGGUGACAGGUCACCUCGCUGAAAAUAUCCAGGGAUCAAGCGAUCCCAGAGCUUAAAGACCCAGCUGGAUCGAUUUGGAGCCUCCGUGGAAAAAAAUGGGAACUGUGACGUUUGUUAUUCUUUAAGGGGGACGGCAGAGGAAGGUCCAGGAGGAAAUAAUUCAAAUAUCUGUGAGGCUGCCCUUAGUCCCGGCCAUCUGGACUUGCAGUGCCAGACUCUGACCGGCAGCAGACCUCUAGGCCUCCACACACCCCUCUCUUAUUUCUGAGAUCCUUUCAUGUGGUGAUCCCAAGGAUCGCUAAGCAAGGUCCCAAAUGUGUCUGCCUUUCUCUUUUGGGGAAGUGUUCCAACCCCACAAUCCCUCCAGCUAAUCAUUUGGGAUUUCUCUCUGAAGCAAGAAGCAGCCCUGUUUAUUUGCAUUAUAUGUAUAUUAUAGCUGGGAACGGGUGGAUCUUUCGACGUCGGAUUCUCUCCGUUUCUCACUUCUCCAACUUCGCCUUCACUUCUCCUGGUUUCCACAUCAGUUUGCGAAUCGUAGCUCCUCGUGAGAAUUCAUCCGCAGUUCCGUGUGAACUUAUUCUAAUGCACACAUUUUGGGGGGUGUGUUAUGCAACUUUGCCCAAGACAUGCAUUUUUUGCAUAGUCAUCCCCUCCUCCAAUGCAAUACAUUUUCCCAUGUUCUUUUCAGCCAUGUGUGUGCUUUGGUGCACAUUUUGUCCUAUUAUAUGAAUUCUUGAACACAUUGCCCGGCUGGAGAUCUUUGGAUUGCAAAAUCUGGUGAAGUGUGAAUUUCGAAGUUGGCAGGCAGGAAGUUGAGGUGCUUUUGGGCUCCGAUCCUGUUUCCACAUUUCCCAAAGGCAUCUGGUCGGGCACUGUGGAGCCAUUGUGCCUAAUAGCUGCUAAUAGCCUUAUCCUCAGUGCAUUUGUCUAAUCCUCUUUUAAAACAUUAUUAUUAUUAUUAUUAUUAUUAUUAUUAUUAUUAUUAUUAUUUCUAUGCUGCUAUAUAUUGCAAAGGGAAAAAAAAAACUCAAAGUGGUUUACAACACAACAAAUAAAACAAUCCAAAAUAAAUUCAAAGUUUCUAGGGAAAUAUUUCAGAAGCUUCUCUAAGUGCUUCCCCUGUAUUUAUUAACCUCCUUAAUUUAUAUAUCUGCCCCACAGCAGAAGUACUCUAGGAAGCCCAUGUGGCGUAGCAGUUAGAGUGUUGUACUAGGAUCUGGGAGGUCCGGGUUCAAAUCCUCAGUCAGUCAGGAAGCUCACUGCAUGACCGUAGAGUCGGUCAUAGCCCCUUAACCAGGCAUAGGCAAACUCGGCCCUCCAGCUGUUUUGGGACUACAACUCCCAUCAUCCCUAGCUAACAGGACCAGUGGUCAGGGAUGAUGGGAGUUGUAGUCCCAAAACAUCUGGAGGGCUGAGUUUGCCUAUGCCUGCAAGUCUUAACCUACCUCGCUGUAGGGAUUAACCGAGGAAGGGAGUGAACUAUUUACCCCUCGGGAGAGAAAGGUGGGAUAUGAGUGGAUGGCCAUCAAUGGCCUACUGCAGCAGUGAGUUCCACAGUUUGAGCUGCUUCGCAGUACCAUUUCCUGGAAGGGGAGGAUGCUCUCACACUCGGGUCCCGCUUGCAGGUUCUCCCCCACCAGGCAUCUGGUUCACAGGAGGCUGGACCAUAUGGGCCAUUUGCUGUUCCAAUGGAUGUUCUCUUGUUGUUGUUGUUUAGUCGUUUAGUGGUGUCCGCCUCUUCGUGACCCCCUGGACCAGAGCACGCCAGGCACUCCUGUCUUCCACUGCCUCCCGCAGUUUGGUCAAACUCAUGUUCAUAGCUUUGAGAACACUGUCCCACCAUCUCGUCCUCCGUCAUUCCCUUCUCCUUGUGCCCUCCAUCUUUCCCAACAUCAGGGUCUUUUCCAGGGAGUCUUCUCUUCUCAUGAUGUGGCCAAAGUCUUGGAGCCUCAGCUUCAGGAUCUGUCCUUCCAGUGAGCACUCAGGGCUGAUUUCCUUCCGAAUGGAGAGGUUGGAUCUUCUUGCAGUCCAUGGGACUCUCAAGUGUCUCCUCCAGCACCAGAAUUCAAAAGCAUCCAUUCUUCGGCGAUCAGCCUUCUUUAUGGUCCAGCUCUCACUUCCAUACAUCACUACUGGGAAAACCAUAGCUUUAACUAUACGGACCUUUGUUGGCAAGGUGAUGUCUCUACUUUUCCAUUAAUAUCGAUGGAUCUACUCUGAGUGUGACUGGAAACAGCCCAGCCCAGUGCCAUCUGUACAUGCUCAGGAACAUUUUGCCUUCGGAUUUAUUUGUUCGUUACACUUUUGGACAGGUCCGGGGGGGGGAGAACCUCAGAAUAAAGUCCUACUUAUUUUCUUGGGGGACGGAACUUUAUGCCCAAGGAAGGAUUUACACCCGUGGCAGAGAAGUGGUGUCCCUUUGGAUCUCAACAGGCUCCACCUCCUUGACCAUUGGACAUGCUGGCCAGGGGAUGUGAAAGUUGCUGUCCAAUAGCAUCAGGAGUGCUACAGGUUCCUAAUGAGGAAAUUAGUUGGAAAAUAAAAAGACUGAAACAAAAAUGCCAAUAAAUCAGGAAAACUGCUAGCGUGGCUGUUGAAGAAAAGCGAACAAAGAAACUCCAUAAACAAAAUUAAUAUAAAUGGAAGGUUAGUGUGUCUCUUACUAGCAGAUUCCUUCCUUCCCACCCAUCCACCUGCCCCAAAUCUCCCUCUGUUUUGCUUCUGGGAAUAAAGGGUGGAAUAAUGCACACGUCUUGCUAGAAAGGGAACGUGUCGCAUGCCAGCUACAGAUGGCCAAAGAAAAUUAAACCUGUGUCUCCAUGUGGGUAAUCUGCGCCUUAAUCUCCCCCACGGAGGCACCGGCAGGAGGGGGGGUCUCCAAGCAGCGGAGACAACUGUGGGGGGACGAUGACGGACUUUCAUUUUCUUCCCUUCUAUGUGGGUUUGGCUCAAUAAAUCUGGAGUCUGCCCUGUCCAGGAACCAGAAUUCAGGACUUGCAGGAACCUUCAGUGCUCACUUUGAAACCUGCUUGAAAACCUUUCUGACUAGGCCAACGCCGGCUGUCAAGAAUACACCAUUCCGAAAUGUUGUAUGUUUUAAAGUUCUUUUUUAGGGUUUCUAAUUUAUGGGGGUUUUUUUGUUUUGUUUUAUAGCUGUAAACUGGUUUGGUACUUUUUGUGACACAGCUGUACAUACCGUAUUUUUCGCUCUAUAGGAUGCACCAGACCAUAGGAGGGGAAGAAUAGGGGGGGGACUUUUUUUCUUGUUCUCCCCCUCAAAAACAAGGUGCGUUCAAGAGCAGGUCGGGGAACAGGGCAAAGCCUUGCCGCUGCCCCCCAAGCUUGUGGGGCUGGCGAUGGGGGAAGCGCUGCUUUCCCCCACUGCCAGCCUCAAAGAUCCCUGAAGCCUUUGGAGCGCAGCUGCGCUCCAAAGGCUUGAGGCUUUGGGGACAUCCUUUGUAGCCUCCGCAGGGCGGUGGGGUGAAGGAACCCCACCGCCCUGCGGAGGCUUUGCACAGCCAUCCCGAAUCUGGAGCACGCCGGGCUCCCCAGGCUUGCGGAUAGCUUCCUGAAGCCCGGAACGCGAGAGGAGUCAGUGCGCACCGACCCCUCUCGCUCUCCGGGCUUCAGCAAAAGCCUGCAUUCACUCCAUAGAACGCACACACUUUCCCCCUUCAUUUUUGGAGGGGGGAAAGUGCGUCCUAUAGAGCGAAAAAUACGGUACAUACUUUCAGACAUUAAUUAUAAAAAUAAGUAGUAUUUCAAAGAGGAAAUUUCCACGGGUGCAUGGAUGUAACAUAUCUUCAGACAUGAUUGUGGCCCCCGCCCCCCAAAAAGUAUUUUUUUUUUUUACACAAUGCUCUAAAACACAUGUUUUAGAGCACUAUGCAAGAUCGCUUAAUCUGGCCCUGAGUAGGCACCUAACUUAUUCAAUACCAUGAGGGCUAGCUGCUUGAUUUUUUUUCCUUUCAAGGGAAGAACAAUAGCUUCAUUCCAAGGGGUAGAUAGAUCACUGCCAGUUUUUUUAUAGUGGGAGUAGAUCGCAGUCAAACGUGGGUUAAAUCACAGAGCUUAGGACUUGCUGAUCAGAAGGUCAGCAGUUCGAAUCCCCGCGACGAGGUGAGCUCCUGUUGCUCGGUCCCUGCUCCUGCCCACCUAGCAGUUCAAAAGCACGUCAAAGUCCAAGUAGAUAAAUAGGUACCGCUCCGGCGGGAAGGUAAACUGCGUUUCCGUGCGCUGCUCUGGUUCGCCAGAAGCGGCUUAGUCCUGCUGGCCACAUGACCCGGAAGCUGUACGCUGGCUCCCUCGGCCAAUAAAGCGAGAUGAGCGCUGGAACCCCAGUCGGCCACGACUGGACCUAACGGUCAGGGGUCCCUUUUACCUUUAGAUCGCAGUCUCUUGGGAGUUGGACAUGCCUCGUGUAGACCAUACUGAGGCACACGGAUCGAGGGUUUGGUUCGGUACAUGGUUGUUGUUGUUGUUUUUAGUCGUGUCUGCCUCUUCGUGACCCCAUGGCCCAGAGCACGCCAGGCCCUCCUGUCUUCCACAGUUUGGUCAAACUCAUGCUGGUAGCUUUGAGAACAUUGUCCAACCAUCUUGUCCUCUGUCGUCCCCUCCUCCUUGCGCCCUCCAUCUUUCCCAACAUCAGGGUCUUUUCCAGGGAGUCUUGUCUUCUCCUCGUUACAUGGUACCUUCCUGUAUUCUUCUGUUCACACACAGACACACACUCGCCUCUCCUGAGUACCAAACAGAGCUUCAGCAUCCUUGACAUUUCCCUGAGCCCCUCGUGGCUCUUAGCUCCUGCUGUCUUUUGUCAAGUCCCCUGGCUGCUGCGCUUGCCAGCGAUGGGGCAAGAGCUUUUGGCUCUUGGCCAAACGCAGCAAGGGCCCGUUUUAUUUGCCCAUCGCAUCCUGCCCAACUGCAAGCAGCGAGACCACCUCCCAGGAUUCCGCCUUCAACUGCUGGUUCACCCAGCAAAGGCUUUGCAAAGUCUCCGGUUGCGGGGAACAUUUACUGAUCCUGCUUUUAACACCACCAGGGACCGAACCUGGGACCUUCUAGACGCGAGUUGCUGUUUGUUGGGCUCCCAAGAGCAGGGGUCAGCAAACUUUUUCAGCAGGGGGCCGGUCCACUGUCCCUCAGACCUUGUCGGGGGCCGGACUAUAUUUUGAAGAAAAGAAAAGAACGAAUUCCUAUGCCCCACAAAUAACCCAGAGAUGCAUUUUAAAUAAAAAGACACAUUCUACUCAUGUAAAAACACGCUGAUUCCCGGACCGUCCACAGGCCGGAUUUAGAAGGUGAUUGGGCCGUUUGAAUCAACAUUCACAAAUUCUUUAUUGGUAAUAUACAGAUAGAUAAACUGAGGAUCUUUACAAUUUUGUAACAUGCAGACAAUUUUUUUUUUCUUUUUUAGGGGGAAAUGGGGGGGAAAUGUGAAUGAUGUAUUUUUGUUGAAAUUCUUAUGUUGGAAUGCCUAAUAAAAAUAUUUUUAAAAAUAAAAAUAGAAGGCGACUGGGCUGGAUCCGGCCUCCAGGCGCUAGGAGCUGGCCCCACAGCAGGGACCCCCUUGCUCAGUCAUUAGGGCCCCUCUGCUCCACCCCAGAGGGGGCUGCAUGCGAACCCCUCAGCUCGGCUCCUGUUUCCCCCAAACCGGGGCUGUCGCGCUUCGCCACGGCACCGCCGCGCUAUUCCCCAAAUCAGCAAAACAAACCCAGGGCUGUGGAACAGCGUCUCCCAUGGGGCUGGGGAUUCUCCUAUAGGGCCCACACUUCUGCCACACCGUGUCAUCUGCACACACAACAGGACUGGUGGGUGGAAGCUGGCUUUGCCCGAUCAAAACUUGCGUGGCGUAUCAGCACGGAUAAAAACCAAAUGGGGGGGGUUUGGCGGGGUGGAGCGGAGGCUUAGGAGCAAAUUGUUUUUGCGAGCUGAUCUCUCCCGAUUUUUGUGAAACACAAACAAACCGACCCACGCACACACAUCAUCUUCUGCAAAUACCUUGCCGGUUCACCUUUUGUUAUGAACAUUUCCUUCCUCUCCCCCCCCCAACCCAAAAAAACACACACCUUUCCUUCCCACCCCCUUCUAUUCUCUCCUUUUCCUUUGCCAAAGUCUCCAGGUCAUUGUUUAUAGAGAUAAGUUAUGAUGUCAGCGCAUGUUCCCAUGGCAACCCAAUGGGUAAAUUGGAGAUGAGUGGGUGGUUACCAUGGAGUAUAUUCUUCCGUUGCCAUCGUUACAAAGCACCUGCUCCCUCUUUCUUUCUUUCUUUCUUUCUUUCUUUCUUUCUUUCUUUCUUUCUCUCCUGUCCCCCUCCACUCGUGAUUUCGAUAGCAUAAAUGACUGGCGGUUGGGGGGUGGGUGGGGGGAGGUGGUAUCAGCAAUUUCCUGAUGCGAUCCUUUCUGGAAUCAUCCACAUCUGAGGGAACGGCGUCGGGAAUGAAUACACAGGACGGAACCCUUUGCCCCGGUAAAAACGGGAUACGGUCCUGUGUUGGGUUGAAUCGGAAGGAAAGGGCCAAGAUUUUAAAAAAUAAAAUAAAAUACGCUGUGAAUGCUAAUGGAAAUGGGGUGGUUUGUUCCAAAAAAAAAACACCAUGCACAUUGAUGAGUUCAUAUCUGACACCACCCCUCAGAGCCAAUCCCUCUCUUGAAAUUUGGCUUGCAGCUGAAAUAAAUGCUAAUUUUUCACCAGUUUUUAUCAGCUUCACCCCUCCCCUCUGUUCAGUUUUCGAAUGGGAGCUGCUUUUGGCAAGGACUUCUCCUCUUGUAUUGAAAUUAAUGCAUAUUCUUUCUGAGAUUUCUUUCUUUCUUUCUUUCUUUCUUUCUUUCUUUCUUUCUUUCUUUCUUUCUUCCCCUUCCACUAUUUCCCUUUCUGAUGUCAAGUUUUAGCUUCCCUCUUUCCCAUUAUUUCUUACCACCUCUACGGGUCCAACAUCAGCCCUACCUAGAGUAGACCCAUUGAAGUUGAAUAACGGUUUCUGGUUCCCCGGAAUGGUUUAAAAUCAAUGGACAAGACAGGGCCUAUCAUUAGACAGGGAGUCACUAGAAAUGAAUGGGCCUAAGACAGGCCAUAUUCACAGCCUACAUCAGGCAUAGGCAAACUCAACCCUCCAGAUGUUUUGAGACUACAGUUCCCAUCAUCCCUGACCACUGGUCCUGUUAGCAAGGGAUGAUGGGAGUUGUAGUCCAAAAACAUCUGGAGGGCUGAGUUUGCCUAUGCCUGCCCUACAUUUAAAGCGCUUUGAUACCACUUUAAACAGCCGCGGUGUCUCCCAAGGAAUUCUGGGAAAUGUAGUUUGUUAGGAGUGCUGGUGAGAGUUGCUAGGAGAGCUCACAGAACUGUAAUUCUCAGAGUGGUUUAACAGCUAUUUCCUCUUCACAGGGAAUUCAGGAAACAGCAGCCCCAAGUGGGGAAUGGGGGGAAUCGCCUACUGCCUCUCAGUGCCCUUAACAAACUACAUCUCCCAGAAUUCUUUGGGGGAAGCCAAGACUGUUCUUAAAGCAGCGUCAUAGUGCUUUAGAUGUAUGGUCAAUUAAUUAAUUUCCAUGGGCCUGUUUUGAGCAGAACUUGAGUUGCUUGCCAUCCUAUAGAACUACUGUUAUUAAGUAGUAGUAAUUAACAACGAAUUGGGCAGUUAGCUGGCUGGGGGGCUGAUGAGCGUUUCAGUCCAAAACAUCUUUAUUAUUUUCAACGGUGAUGAUGAUGGAAAUAAUAAAGAUGUUUUCGACUGAAACUCCCGCCAGCCCCCAGCCAGCUUAACUGCUUGUCAGCUCCUAGUUUAAAUGUCAGUACUGAAAAAUAUAGUUUUUAAAUACUCUUUGGCUCGUCCCGCAAGCAGGAGUAAUUAGCAAUCGAGCGAUGGAUUAGAUGUGUCCCUUUGGGACCCCUGUAACAUGUUUGAAGGAUGGGCAGAGAGAGCCUUCCUUAACCCGGACUGCAAAAACAAUGGGUUGCUUGCUCUUAAAAGGCCUCGUUUGCUACUCCUUUAAUUCUCACAACGAUCUUGCAAGGUAGGUUAACCUGAGAAUGAAUGGAUAUGCCUAAGCUGGGCCCAUUCAUUCCAAUGGGUCUACCCAACCCAUUAGCUGCAAAUCCUAAAACUAUAACCCUUGCAUUAAAAUUGUGACACAGAGGGGUUUGUAACCCACAAAUAGUCUCUAGGCAGAGAUGUAUAUUCUCUUUAGGGAUGGGGAAUCUUGCAGACCUGAGUUGAAUAAAUGCAACACUUGUUGUUGUUGUUAUUGUUUAGUCGUUGAGUCGUGUCCACCUCUUCAUGACCCCCUGAACCAGAGCACGCCAGGCACUUCUGUCUUCCACUGCCUCCUGCAGUUUGGUCAAACUCAUGCUGGUAGCUUCGAGAACACUGUCCCACCAUCUCGUCCUCUGUCGUCCCCUUCUCCUUGGGCCCUCCAUCUUUCCCAUCAUCAGGGUCUUUUCCAGGGUCUCUUCUCAUGAGGUGGCCAAAGUCUUGGAGCCUCAGCUUCAGGAUCUGUCCUUCCAGUGAGCACUCAGGGCUGAUUUCCUUCAGAAUGGAGAGGUUUGUUCUUCUUGCAGUCCAUGGGACUCUCAAGAGUCUCCUCCAGCACCAGAAUUCAAAAGCAUCCAUUCUUCGGCGAUCAGCCUUCUUGAUGAUCCAGCUCUCACUUCCAUGCAUCCCGACUGGGAAAACCAUAGCUUUAACUAUAUGGACCUUUGUUGGCAAGGUGAUGUCUCUAUGGACAAAGACAACAGGCAUAUAAAUGCAACACACACAUACACACACACACAAAUACACACACCAGCAAGAGGCAUUUUAUUUUCUCCCUGCUCCACCUCAUCAAAGUCCCAAUGAAAGGACCGUACGCCUGCCUCUCUCUCGCUUUAAUUCCCGGUGGUGACUCUGUCCUCCUGUUCUGAUUUUAAGUGGCAGGAACACAGCAGGAGGAGGAAGGGGGAAAUAAAAACUGGGAGUGGUGCAUUAUUGGUGAGGAAUAAUAAUAAUAAUAGAAAGAGCUCCCAUCCCCAACUACUUGGCUGCGCCGGUUGCUGUGGCAACGAGAGGCAAAGGAGACGAUGAGGAAGAAUGGUACCCCGGCCUCGGGCGCCAUGGCAACCAGAUCCCAAUCCCUGCGAGCAGCUUUAGGGGGUGGUUUGUGAGGAUGGGGAGGAGAGGGGAGUUCGUUCCUCCGCCCCAGUGCGAAGGGAACCAUCUUAUAAGGCCAGGGCUGGUGUUGUCCCUGAAACACAGUGGCCUUUUGGGGUUGCCAAAAUCCAGCUUCUUUAAAUCCCGGGCUGUCCCUGGCAAAUAGGGACAUUUGGAGGGUCACACCCUAUCAGGGUUUCAGCCCUCCAUGGGGAGGGAAAGGCACUCUGCACAUGAUCAGAGGGCCUGCCCUUUGCUGGUGGUCAGCAGUUGUCAAGGAACGAUGGUCUCAUUUGGGCUCGUUACGUUGGUGAUCCACAAACGAGAAUUAAAACACGAGUUUCUGUGUCUCGGCCCUACUCAGACCCAUGGCGACAUAUCCGGGUGCGUGUCGUAAAAUCUCCCUGCGUUGCCUUAGCUGGCUGCGCUGCGUACCCAGCACACCCCACUUUUGCCGCAGGCUGCCCCUAUUUGAUCGUCAGAGCCCCCGUCCGCAGUACAUUAGUGAUAGCCAUCGAUCAGCGGGUCAAUUAGUAGAGCGUUCAUUACGCUGAUCGCUCAGUUUGGAGCACACACACCCCCAACUUCAGCGCCGGAGGGCGAGGAGGGGGGCGAGAGAGGUGGUUGGAGGUCAGUGGAAUCUAGUGGUGGAACAGCGAAGAGAGUUGGGAUUAUUAUUAUUAUUAUUAUUAUUAUUAUUAUUAUUAUUAUUAAAAAGUUUUAUCCAACCUUUCUUCUGAAAAGGAACCCAUCUCCACCACAAAGCCAGUGUGCUUAGAGCGCUGGACUAGUCCCUGCCUGGGAGAGACCAGGGUUCGAAUUGCCACAGAGCCAAGAAGCUCACUUGGGCCAGUCACUGCCUCUCAGCCUAACCUACAUCGCAAGGUUGUUUUGUAGGGAUAAAAUGGAGAGCUGGGAGGACCUUGAGCUCCUUGGAAGAAAGGGUGGGAAAUAAAUGCAAUCCAUAAGUGAAAUUGUUCUCAUUGCGGCGACGGGGUGGGAAGGAAUGAGCCCCUGCGUACAAGGCUCUUGUCUACACUUGCAGACUUAAAUCUGGUUUAGUCGCACAAUCCCUCUUUGCAGGGAAUCUGCUGUUUUUUGGGGUGGGGAGGGAUGGUUCGGGCAUCUCUGUUGCUCACCAAUCUUCUCUAUUGCUGCACCUCACGAGUGAGGAACUUGGCAUCCUCUCCUUCUUGCACCUCCCGCUAUCGAUUCUUAUUUAUAUUUAUAGUUGAAUUCAAUACGCUGCUGGGUCUUGGGCCAUCAAGGUACACUCCCAGCGUCUUGGAAUCAAUAAUUAAAAAACCCUAUUAACCGUUCCAUAAUAAGAAAGGAAGAAGGUUCCCCCUUUAUGAUCUUUAGAGAAGGAAGCACACCUGGGACUUCAAGAAAUUCUGCACCACAGAUUUAUUUAUACCAGUUGCAGCUUCCUUCCCCCGCAAAGCAGAGAAUCCAGGGAACUAUAAAUGUUGGCUCUAAGCACGCCAUGCAUUUAAAGUAUGUUGCUCCCUCAAAAGACUCCUGGGAACUUUAGUUUGCCCCUAACAGACCUAGAAUCUCCAGCACCCAUAAACUACAGUUCCCAAUUUCUUGAGGGUGUUUAUAAUAGCUUUCCCUCCUUCCCACCAUCCUUUGUCCUCAGUAUCUGGUUUUCACAAGUAGAUCCUUUCUGAGCUGGGGGGGUACUUUUCAGAUAUUUGCCAGCUAGUAGCUGUUAACAAAGGUCCGUAUAGUUCAAGCUCUGGUUUUCCCAGUCGUGAUGUAUGGAAGUGAGAGCUGGACCAUCAAGAAGGCUGAUCGCCGAAGAAUGGAUGCUUUUGAAUUCUGGUGCUGGAGCAGAUUCUUGAGAGUCCCGUGGACUGCAAGAAGAUCAAACCUCUCCAUUCUGAAGGAAAUCAGCCCUGAGUGCUCCCUGGAAGGACAGAUCCUGAAGCAGAGGCUCCAAGACUUUGGCCACCUCAGGAGAAGAGAAGACUCCCUGGAAAAGACCCUGAUGUUGGGAAAGAUGGAGGGCACAAGGAGAAGGGGACGACAGAGGACGAGAUGGUUGGAUGGUGUUCUCGAAGCUACCAGCAUGAGUUUGGCCAAACUGCGGGAGGCAGUGGAAGACAGGAGUGCCUGGUGUGCUCUGGUCCAGGGGGUCAUGAAGAGGCGGACACGACUAAACGACUAAACAACAAUAACAAGCUGUUAGCAGACCCAUAGAUUAGUCUAAUGCUCUCCUAAAGGAUUCCAAGGCAGUGUUCCUUGCUAUAUCAUGUGGCAGGGAGUUCCAUAAGAAUGUGUUGGGUGAAGAAAUCAAAUCCUUUGGUUCCCUACUUAAUUUCCUACCCAUCAGUUUUGUCAGGUGACUCUGAGUUCUAGUGUCAUGGGUGAGGAUGGGAAUGAAAUCAGUCUUCAGGCUUGCAGUCUGAAAGAUGUGAUAAAUCAAGGGGGAAAGAAAGCAAAGUCGGCUGCCGGUUCUUAAAUAAUUUUUAGGAUGACCAGCUGGAAUGGAAAUGGUUCAAGAAGAGGCAGAGUUCCUCGCCUUCUGCUACAGCCUCCACUUUCUCUACACUGGGCAUAACUUCAUAAAAGCCUGUUUGGCCUGCGCACCCCGUCCCCAGAGUAGGGAAUGGAUGGAUCUGCCCAUUUCAGUUUUUCUCCAUUUCCUUAUCUUAAAUUCCUUAUCUCCACAUUUCUGCUGCAAUUUGUGAAUUAGAAAAAUAAAAACAAAUCCUCGCGAACAUUUCAGUGUGAAUUCUCUCCUGCACAUUUUCUUACGCCGUUUUGCUUAACAUGCACAUUUUUUUUUGCAAUGCGAUUUCCCUCUGUAUAAUGUAUUUUUAAAUGCUGUUUCCAACAAUAUAGGCAGCUUUUUUGCACACUUUGCCCAGUAUGUAUAUUUGUAUGUUUUGUUUCGUAAACAAUACCCUGCUGGAGAACAGCAGUGCAAAAUUCGGGGAGUGAAAAUUUCAACUGAUGGCCAUUUUGUUGUUGUUGCUCAUGCAUUGUUUUGGAACGUGCAAAUUAAGUAGAAUUCGCCUUUAGAUGUGACCUCAAUUGAAUUUCUCUCUCAGAUCCAUCCACAUUUUAAAAGCCCCAAAUACUUUCAUCUCUCCUGGGAGAGGAGAUCCUCUGCCCCUGUUUUCCUCACCCUUUCUCCGUGUUUAUUCCAGCUCCACGAAAUCCUCUUAUUUUAUUUUAUUUUCUGAGAUUGAGCAGCUAGAGCAUGAAAAACGAGUGUUAUAUCACUGACGUCCUCACGGCAGCUUGGGCAAAAGCACCACGGCGGCUCACGAGAAAGCCCAUCCGCCCAGGAGCUCGGAUUCGCUCACAGAAGGCUCACCAGAGAAAGAUGCAUUCUGAACGGUCAGCUGCAAACCUCGACAAAAUCAAGCUCCGUCGAGAAGGAGUCCCAUAAUCUGGCGCCACUUCUCUGCGCCCUAUUUUUGGUCCAGGAUUACCUCAUUAGGAGAGGCCGUCUGCACCUGUGGCGCACACAAUGCCACCAAUUUAUCUUAUUUCACAGGCAGGGGGAAGCGCGCUUUGUAAUAAAUAACUCACAUUCUGGCUUUGGGAGGAUUUUUUUAAGGAAAAAGGAAAACCCAAUGUUGCGGCCUGAAUUUGACUCCGAAGCAUCAAGAACUGAAAAGGAUUCACUCUACAUGAGGCCGUGUGGGUUGUUGCAUCCUGGAAAAGCUGAAUUUUCUGAACUGCUUCCAAGGGCAGCACCAUGUACAGGGCAUUGUAGUAGUCAAGAGCAUGAGACCUAAGUCCUUAACUUUUGGAAAACACAACCACAAUCAGUAUCUGAGUGUCUCAACAGCACAAUCCUAUCCGGUCUUGAAAGACCUACAUUGGCUCCCAGUAUGCUUCUGGGCACAAUUCAAAGUGUUGGUGCUGACCUUGAAAGCCCUAAACGGCCUUGGUCCAGUAUACCUGAAGGAGCGUCUCCGCCCCGGACGCCAGGGUCCCUCUCCCGAGGGUCUUCUGGCGGUUCCCUCCCUGUAAGAAGCCAAGUUACAGGGAACCAGGCAGAGGGCCUUCUCAGUGGUGGCACCCGCCCUGUGAAACGCCCUCCCAUCAGAUGUCAAGAGAAUAAACAACUACCAGACUUUCAGAAGACACUUGAAGGCAGCCGUGUUUAGGGAAGCUUUUAAUGUUUGAUGCAUUACUGCAUUUUAAUAUUUUGUUGGAAGCCGCCCAGAGUGGCUGGGGAAGCCCAGCCAGAUGGGCGGCGUAUAAAUUAUUAUUAUUAUUAUUAAUAAUAUUAUUAUUAUCCGUGUUCACUCCGAAGUAAAUCUCACUGCGCUUGUUGCCAGGAUUGCAUGCAUAUAAUUGUCAUAGAAGUAUCAAGUUGGAAGGGACCCGCCGCAAUGAAGGAAUCAUCACUCUUAAGGAUUUUAAAGGAUGAUGUGUUUACAGUGGUGCCUCGCAAGACGAAAUUAAUUCGUUCCGCGAGUUUUUUUGUCUAGCGAAUUUUUCAUCUUGCGAAGCACGAAAUCCCAUAGGAAUGCAUUGAAAUUCAAUUAAUGCGUUCCUAUGGUCAAAAAAAGUCCAAAGCAAGCCAAAUUUGGUACAACAAGAGUUUAUUAAGUGCUCUUUAAAGUCACACAUACUGUAAAGAGCAUUUCAAAAAUUGAAGGAACAAUAAAUUAAGUUUCUAAACAUGACAGAAAAACAUUUAAAAAUCAACAAAGUGUACAGUACGUUUUCUAAGACUCUGGGGGACAACUCGAAGAAGGUUCCUCUUCCACUCUUUGCUUCUUGCUGAAGAACCUGUCCAUGGUCUGCUGCUUUAUCCGCUUUUUCAGCACCUCCCUGAAAGGCGACAUGACCCUCGUAUCAAAAGAGUUCGCAAGGUCAUGUGCCACGUGCUUGUCAGGGUGGUGCCGCUGUGCAAAAGACUGCACAUCCUUCCACUUCAGGCAAACCCCUCCCCAACUGUUGCAAACCCCUCCCCAACUGUUCCCCCAGUCACCCACCGCACAGAAAUUCAAACCCAGAAUUUUUUUUAAAAAAAACAGCAGAGUGGCCCAAUGGUCACAGAAAAUCAUAAAAAUGCAGAAAAAAACCACACAAGCUUCCACAUUCUUGCAAACCCUCCCCAACUGUUCCCCAGCCACCCACCACACAGAAAUUCAAAUCCAGAAAUUUUUUAAAAAAACAGCAGAGUGGCCCAAUGGUCACAGAAAAUCAUAAAAAUGCAGAAAAAAACACACAAGCUUCCAGAUUCUUGCAAACCCCUCCCCAACACCAAGUCCUUGAAUUCCAAACACCCCAACCAAAAAACCCAAAAAAAGUUUUAAAAGUUUAACUUACCAAAUGGCUGCAAAAGAAGUUUCGGAAAAGCUUCAAAAAUCACAAAAGUCUUCAAAAACCUCAAAAAAGGCUACCACACUGUGUGCUAUGAGUUGCUCCUCGAAGUCAAGUCGCAACUGCACCUCUUCAAGCAAUGCACCCUGGGUAUUAAUGGUUUUACGAAAAAGGAAACAAACUUGCAAGACGUUUUCGUCUUGCGAAGCAAGCCCAUAGGGAAAUUCGUCUUGCGAAGCACCUCGAAAAACCCUUUCGUCUAGCGAGUUUUUCGUCUUGCGAGGCAUUCGUCUUGCGGGGCACCACUGUAUUGUGGGGUGACUGUUAGCUUGUUUGAAACGGCAUGAUCCCAAACAUUUAAUGUUUUCAAGCUGUUUUUGGUCUUGCGUAUUAUUUGCUGGUUUACAUUAAGAAGCUUCCUGAUACCAGAUGGGACCUUUUGUCUGUCAAACUCAGGACUGCCGUCACGGACUGGCAGUGCCCGGGUGGUGGAUAGACACAAAGAUCCCUUGCUCUGGCAAAGGAGUGAGGUGCUGCUGGAGCUCUCAAGAUGGUCUGUCUGGCAGAUUAGCAUGUGGGAAGCCAGAGGAAAAAAGUACCGUAUUUUUCGCUCCAUAAGAUGCACUUUUCCCCUCCUAAAAAGUAAGGGGAAAUGUGUGUGCGUCUUAUGGAGCGAAUGCAGGGGGGAGGCAGGCAGGAAAAGCCCCCAAGAGCUGCACACAAGCUCCACACGGCUCUUGCGGGCUUUUCAGGAGGGAGAAGGGACCGACGCGACCAGUCAGUCCCCUCUUCCUCCUCGUAGAAAAGCCCGCAGGAGCCGCGCGCUCCUUAAAGGGUGUGCGGCUCCUGUGGGCUUUUGCGGGAGGUGGGGGUAUUGCCAUAGCCGCACGCAGCCUCUCCCGGCCGGACGGGCUGAGCGCGGCUAAAGAGGAAGCCAAGGCAGCGAGCGCGAUCCAUCCUGCUCACUGUCUUGGCUUCUGCCUCUCCAGCCGGGAGAGGCUGCAUACGGCUUAAGGGGAAGCCAAGACAGCCAGAGGGAUGGAUCCCGCUCACUGUCUUGGCUUCUUUGCUCUUUGGGGCUGGGGGGGAAACCCAGCUUCCCCUGGCAGCCCCAAGAAGUGCUGGGGCUGGGGGGGAAAUAAUAUUUUUCUUCUUGAUUUCCCCCUCUAAAAACUAGGUGCGUCUUGUGGUCUGGUGCGUCCUAUAGAGCAAAAAAUACGGUAAACAGAGGCUAGCUACGUCUUUCCUUUUCUUUGCUGGGGUUCCUGCUUCAUGCCGGUAGCUUGAACGUUCAACCUCCUUGCACUUUGUUUGAUACAAAGGCUGCCAUGUUGCCCUCCUUCUGCACUUCACAAUGCCCCACUAUGCCACUAAUAGAACACCUGCUUUGAAUGCAGAAGGUCUCAGGUUCAACCCCCCUGAAGAGCUGUUGCCAGCCAGUGCAGGCCAUAUUGAGCAAGAUGGCCCAGUCAAAUGUCUCUUCCGGUGUUGCUAUCUAAGUCCUUCCUUUUUCGGAACCAUGGGGACUAGAACCUUUGAUUUUGAAGGAAAGAGCUGCGGCUCAGUGGCAGGGCACCCAGUUUGUGCGCAGAAGGUCCUAGGCAUCUCCCAUUAGGUCCGGGAAUGGCUCUUGAGUCUGAAACCCUGGACAGCAGCUGCCGGUCAGAGUGGGCUAUACUGAGCUCAAUGACCCACUAGAUUGAUGGUGAGCUUGCCACCACAGCAGCAGCUUCAGGGAGGCAAGAUGGAGCCUUGCCGACAAGCCCUUGCCAGCGAAAUCUCCCUUUCUCUCUCUCUCCUUUCCCUGUUCCCGGGCCUUUCCAGGGCCUCGUCCGCCUCCGCAAGGCCUGCUUUCCUUUAAUGUGAUUACAACUGCUUUUACAGAAAAAAGGCCCCAGCUGCCUGCUGGGAUAAUCUAGCUCUUUCUAAUCCCGAAGGCUGGGGAGAGUGCUCUCCAUCAGGGACUUAACCCUCCCUAGGCUGCCUGGGGCUUUGUGUGCGCGCAAUUUCCUUUGUAAAACAAGGGCAGUGUGGCAUAGUGGUUAGAGUGUCAGGCUAAGACCUGGGAGACCAGGCCUCAAAUCCUUACUCAACCUUGGACAAUCUCUUCCAGCCAAAUCUACCCCGCAGGGUCGUUGUGCGAGGGGGGGAGAGAGAGAGAGCCGUGCAUCUUUUUAUUUCUUUAUACGACCCAUAGCACAUAUACAGUGUCCAUGUGCUGCGGCAUUUGGGGUUCUUGUGGCUAGGAUCUGGGGGCGCCAGGCUUCUGAUCCUCACCCAAAGGUCGACAUCACACCUUUAAAAGCAUGGUUAUAUAAUCUUCCCCCCCCAAAAAAAAAUAUUCAUUUUAUAACACAAAUAAAGAACACACACACAAAAAAAAUACACACCAAUUCUUGUCAUAACCUUAUUUUUCUAAACAUUGUUAAGUGGGCUUCCCCAGGUCCCACCUAUCUGAUUUUCAUCUUACUUCAUCUUUAGCAGUUUACAUAUAUCAUAGUUUCUAACCAUCUUUUUUUUAUCACACUUAAAAUAACUUCACAUUUUAUCACUUGCAAAUAAUACUGUUUUAAAACACGCUAUCUUCUACUUCUAACCCUACAGCCUAUAUCCACUUCCAAAGCUAUUCAACGAUUUAAAUAUUAACAUAUUUUUUUCAAAUAUUCCUUAAACCUCUUCCAGUCUUCUUCCACCGUCUCUUCUCUCUGGUCUCGGAGUCUCCCCGUCAGUUCGGCAAGUUCCAUAUAGUCCGUCAUCUUCAUCUGCCAUUAAAACACAGUUAUAUAAUCUUAAAACAGUCGUGGGAGAAUCCCGGGAACUGUAGUUUGAAGGCGCUGAGAGUUGCUAGGAGACCCUCGAUUCCCCUCCCGGAGGAACUACAAUUCCCAGAGUGGUUUAGCAACCAGCCCCUCUUCCCGGGGAACUGUGGGGAAAUUGUAACUCUAUGGAGGGGUCUCUCAGCACCCAUCGCAAACUGCAGUUCCCAGAACUCCCUGGCUAUUUAAAAAUGGCAUGGCGAAGGUCUGCGAGUGUGACCCCGGGCUCUUAGCCUAAAGCUAUCUUGCAAGGUUGUCGCAAGGAUGCAAUGGGGAGACAUAGCUGUCAAAUUACAGAUUUGAAAAUAAGGGACCAGCAGCCUCGAAAAUAAGGGAUCAGCAGCCAAAAUAAGGGGUUAACAAUUACUUUGAUAAAAUACAUAUUUUGUCGCGUGCCAAUGGCUUUAGAUACCUAUUAGGUCCAUAAAUUACCAUAUAGCAUAUAUUCAACACAAAAAAACAGCAACAAUUUGUUGUUGACAAAGGACAGCUGGACAUAGAAAGGGCCCCAUUACCUUCAGUAGCUUAUUUAAGGGACAUCAUCAAUAAGGGACAGCAGCGGGACAUGGCGCUGGGAUAAUGGACUGUCCCGCCAAAUAAGGGACACUUGACAGCUAUGUGGGGAGAUUUUUUUGGGGGGGUGAUGAAUGCCCCCUUGAACUCCUUGCAGGAAAGGAGCGAUACAAAAGUGGAAUGAAACAGCAAUGGUUUUAAAACGCUGUGCUUCUAAGAAACUGGAGUUGCACCUGCCCCAGUAUUGCAUUUCCUAAUUUCUAGCCCCAGGUGUGGGAAGCAGGCAGGAGGGGGACAUGUGCAGAAGUUGCCAGCUCUCAUCAUCACUUUAGCCAGGAUGGCAAACACUCAGGGGAGAGGAUGGGAGUUGUAGUCUAUCAAGGUCCUGUGUGAGUGCCUGGCGGAGAUUGCAGGAUGGAUGGCGGCUAACAGAUUGAGGUUGAAUCCUGACAAGACAGAAGUACUGUUUUGGGGGGACGGGGGAGGGAGGGUGUGGAGGACUCCCUGGUCCUGAAUGGGGUCACUGUGCCCCUGAAGGACCAGGUGUGCAGCCUGGGAGUGAUUUUGGACUCACAGCUGUCCAAGGAGGCGCAGGUCAGUUCUGUGUCCAGGGCAGCUGUCUACCAGCUCCAUCUGGUACGCAGGAUGAGACCCUACCUGCCCACAGACCGUCUCGCCAGAGUGAUGCAUGCUUUGGUUAUCUCCCACUUGGACUACUGCAAUGCGCUCUACGUGGGGCUACCUUUGAAGGUGACCUGGAAACUACAACUAAUCCAGAAUGCGGCAGCUAGACUGGGGACUGGGAGCAGCUGCCGAGACCACAUAACACCGGUCUUGAAAGACCUACACUGGCUCCCAGUACAUUUCCGAGCACAAUUCAAAGUGUUGGUGUUGACAUUUAAAGCCCUAAAUGGCUUCGGUCCAGUAUCCCCGAAGGAGCGUCUCCACCCCCAUCGUCCAGCCCGGACACUGAAGUCCAUCGCCGAGGGCCUUCUGGAGGUUCCCUCCCUGUGAGAAAUGAGGUUACAGGGAACCAGGCAGAGGGCCUUCUCAGUGGUGGCGCCUGCCCUGUGGAACACCCUCCCACCAGAUGUCAAGGCAAUAAACAACUAUUUUACUUUUAAAAGACACCUGAAGGCGGCCCUGUUUAGCUAAGUUUUUAAUGUCUGAUGCUGUAUUGUUUUUUAUAUUUGGUUGGAAGCCGCCCAGAGUGGCUGGGGAAACCCAGCCAGAUGGGCAGGGUAUAAAUAAUAAAUGAUGAUGAUGAUGAUGUUGGCCUUUGCCCCACCUCACACCUCUGGGUCUGGAUCCACAGCCUCUGUCUCCUUCUCGUUCCAGAUGAACCGACCAAUCCAGGUGAAGCCAGCGGACAGCGAAAGCAGAGGAGGUAGAGUCUCCCUCUGGGGUUCUGGGGUGUUGGGCGGUUCAGAGAGCAGCUUGCCUGCUCACCUGGUGUCUUUUGAGGAGCUGGCCUCCAAUUUCUGGACAGGUUUGAUUCCCUUAAUAAUACAACGCUACCUCUGGCUGCAAAUGGGAUCCGUUCCGGAGCCCUGUUCGCAGCCUGAAAGGAAUGCAACCUGCAGUGGCACGUCUGCAUAAGUCGCAAUUCGCCGCUUCUGCACAUGCGCGUGACGUCAUUUUGCGCAUCUGCACAUGCGCAAGUGGCGAAACCCGGAAGUAACCCUUUCCGGUACUUCUGGGUCACUGCGGGACGCAACCUGAAAAAAACAUAUCAAGAGGUAUGACUGUACAGCCUUCUCCACCCUGAAACCCCAUCCCCCGGAUGUUUUGGACUACAACUCUCAUCAGCGCCAGCCAGCUGGGAGUCGUAGUUCAAGGCUUCUGGAGGGGUCCAUUUUGGCAAAGGUGGUGGAGAGCUAAUAAGUUUCACCCCCACACACACUGUUCCAGGGGUUUCCCCCCUUUUUAAAAAAAUAAUUUUUUAUUAAUUUUUUCAUUAAUCUUGCCACAUCAUAUCCAAAUUAAUAAUAAAUAUAUGUGCCAUUUAUACAUUCUGAAUUAAAUAAUUUUUUGGAGAUUCCCAUGUUCUGGCUGGUCCACAGAAAGUCUUUUAUUUUUGUUCCUGCCUUUUCUCUGUUGUUUAUUCCCAAUAUCACAGGUCCAAUGUUAACCCCUUCUUAUCGUCACAGUCACUGGUAUGGACUUUCCCAUCGUGCUUAACGAAUCCAUAUUAUGUUGGCACGCAAGAGGAAAUUUUAUUCUUCUUGUUGUUAUUCUUCCAUUGUUUUUCCGUGCAAUCCCCCCAGGUUUUUUUCCCUGGGGGGGGAUGUGUGUGUAUGUACCGUAUUUUUCGCUCUAUAGGACGCACUUUUUCCCCUCCAAAAAUUAAGGGGAAAUGUGUGUGCGUCUUAUGGAGCGAAUGCAGGCUCCUUGGCUUCAGCGAUAGCAACGCGAAGCCUCCGAAGCGCAGAGGGAGCUCUCCCUCCACGCUCCCGAGGCUUCGUGUUGCUUUCGCUGAAGCCUGGAGAGCGAGAGGGUUCGGUGCGCAUUGACCCCUCUCGCUCUCCAGGCUUCAGGGAUAGACUCUCCUGGCUUCAACGAAAGGAACCUGAAGCCUCCAGAGUGCAGCGGGAGGUCCUGCAGUGCUCCGAAGGCUUCGGGUUGCUUUCGCUGAAGCCAGGAAAGCAAGACGUUCCUGGCUUCAGCAGAGAGGAAGAGCUGCGCAACGCCCCUUCAGCCAAGCGGGAGGAGAAAUGGAAGGGGCUCCAUUUCUGCUGCCGCUUUGCUUAAGGGGCGCUGAGCAGAGAGGGGGAGAUUAUUUUUUUCUUGUUCUCCCCCUCUAAAACAAGGUGCGUCCUAUGGUCGGGUGCGUCCUAUAAAGCAAAAUAUAUGGUAUAUUAUUUAUUUUGUGGAAUUUACCGUAUUUUUCACUCUAUAAGAUGCACCAGACCAUAAGAUGCACAUAGUUUUGGGGGGAAGAAAACAAGAAAAAAAAUAUUCUCAGUCCCAGAAGCCAGAACAGCAAGAGGGAUCGCUGCGCAGCGAAAGCAGCAAUCCCUCUUGUUGUUAUGGCUUCUGGGAUAGCUGCGCAGCCUGCAUUCGCUCCAUAAGACGCACACACAUUUGCCCUUACUUUUUAGGAGAGAAAAAGUGAGUCUUAUAGAGCAAAAAAUACGGUAUAUACUGCUUGAUUCUCAAAAAAACCAACCCUAAAAGAUGUAAUCACCACUAAGAGAAACAGCAACAAGGCGUCCAAAAAGUUAAAAUAGAUCGGAAACAAAUUAAAACUUGUGCCAGCUUUCUGAACGGAGGCGGGCAUGUUUAUGGUGCAGUCUGGGCUCCCCCAGGACGGCCUUUAUCUGAUCAACCUCCUUUCUCCUCCUUCCAGAAGACAGGAAGCUCUUUGUGGGAAUGUUGGGUAAGCAGCAGACAGACGAGGACGUCCGGAAAAUGUUUGAGCCCUUCGGGAACAUCGACGAGUGCACGGUACUGCGGGGUCCCGACGGCACCAGCAAAGGUGAGUGGAAAAGGGGGCGGCCGCCCACCGCUGCCAUUGGAAGGUUGUCCCUGAGCAGGUGCCCUCGAACUAUAACUCCCAUCAGCACCAGCUUGGCCAACGGCUAGGGAUUUGAGUCGUAGUCCAACAGCAUCUGGAGAGAGUUGCAGCUGUGGGAAGUGACUAAGGGCCCCCUAUUACGUAAGAACAUUUUGUACGCAUGCUCAGAGUGGGCGCAUCACUUUUUGCCGCCUGAUAGAUGCCAGACAGGAAGUGCUGCCUUGCUUUGCCGCUUCCACCGCUGGAGAAACCAGCGGCAGAUCACUAGUGAUUUCCAGCGAGAUCUCGCCGGGAAUUGGCACUAAAGUUGGCACCACUUCUCUGCCAGUGCCAGAGGUGGAAGAGUGCCCAUCCGGUGCUGCCCUGGGGGUUCCUUCCACCCAAGGCAGCUUCUUCCCCUUGCCUCAUGGGUGCACCGGGCCUGAUUCAUACAGGCCUGUUUUAAAAAGCGAUGAGGCACAGCGAGCUAACGUUGGCCUGAUUUUACGUCCUUACAGAGCAUUGAUCAUCAGACAGGUGUCUCUGUCCAGGGCCGUCUUACUCAUAGAGGCUAGUGGCACGGGGCACCAGGGCGCCAAGUUCUGAAGGGUGCCAGGGAAGAGGCGGAGGCUGGAGGCGUCACCUCCCGUCAUCAGCUCGCCACCCUUGCCCGCCAUGCCGCGCCGAAGCAGCGCUGCCCCCGGAGCCUCUGCCUGCCGUGGCCACCGUGGCAUGCAGCAGCCAGCUGAGCUGGGAGGCGCCACGUCCAGCCUCUGCCUCUUCCCCGCCAGAGGAGCUGCCCUCCAGCUGCUGCCCGCCUCCUCCAGCCCCGCCGGCAGUGCUGUCCUCCCUAAAAAAACUCUGGGAAACGGAGGGGUGGGGUUGGCCAGAGGGAGCUUUGCACCACGGCGCCGGAUAUGCUUAAGACGGCCCUGGCUCUGGCUCCCUCCUGCAUCUAGAAGGCAGGCAGCCAACAUACCAAACAGCCAAUCGGACCCUGUUUCAGCGGGUCCUCCUCCAUGCCCCCAGCUCCAUGGGCCUUUCAGAGGUUUAAAACGGGUGAGCUGGGUUCAUGACGGCACAGGUCCCAGCCAAUCGGAGCUAGGCACAGCUCAAAACACACACAGUUGGUUUUGCCAUCCUGAGCACAACCCGGGAGAGACAAGGGCGCCUUGCUGGGGAGGGGGUGGCUGGCGAAUGGCUACCGUGACAAAAUGUAGCGAUGGCCAGCGACUCGGGCAGCUUUAGAAGAGAAUUUGACCAAUUCGUGGAGGAGAUGCCUCUGCGGUCAGAGUCAGCGGUGCUUCCGAACACCAGUCACUGGAAACCACAGCAGAGCAGAGGGCUCCUGUGGUCGGUCUCCUGCUUGUGGGCUUCUGUCGGGGGACUGCCACUGGAACAGGGGAGGGAGGCAGGGGGGCCGUUGGGAUACAGAGAGCCUCCGAAACUCCUGAGGAGCAGUUCCUCUUCCAGCGGUGGGAAAAGCCACACCUCCAGCGGAGAAGAGAGGGAAGGGGCCAACCAAGCGAGGAAAGGGCUUGAGGAUGAUGCUGAGAGCCCCAGGGCCUCACCUGGCCAGGCUGGCCAGGAAAGACGCACGCCACUUCCGUCGCCCAGCUUGCGCAGACGGGUGAAACGCAAGGAGGGAAGGAGGAGGCUUGGGGUGCCGAAGUUCUUAUGUUGGGGGAGAAGCCGGAAGGGGCCACUCCCGGAUUCUGCAAGUGACUGAGACGGACAUGAACUUUGUAGAUUUGCACUGUAAAUAUUUUGCACAAUAAAACCUGUAAAAGACAGGUCCUGCCUGGUUACUCAAGAGCAACCACCCCCAGCAUCUGACAGCUUCCUAGUGAUGCAUCAGAUUGUCCACUGUGAGUACAGGGCGCAGGCCUGAUCCAGCGGCCAAGCUCAUCCUGUUUCUGUCUCCGAAUCUUUCCCUUUCUCUCCCCUCUGCCAGGCUGUGCCUUUGUGAAGUUCCAGACGCACGCAGAAGCACAAGCUGCCAUCAAUACGUUGCACGGAAGCCGCACGUUACCGGUGAGACCCACAACUUCUGCCUUGGUGGGGGGCAGGGAGAGCCAGGGGCUGUGGGGGGGCAGAGGAGGAGAAGAAGGUUGUCUUGCUAAAUCCCUCCUGCCUUCCAUUAAGUCCUUUCAUUUUGAGGCUCCGCCUUCAGCAAGUGAGCGAGGAGGGAGAGGGGAGAAAUCUUCAGUGGGCUCUGCUACCUCCUAGUGGACAAACGUCCUCUGUUCCGCUUUCCCAAAAGAGUACAGUGGUACCUCGGGUUACAUACGCUUCCGGUUACAGACUCCACUAACCCAGAAAUAGUGCUUCAGGUUAAGAACUUUGCUUCAGGAUGAGAACAGAAAUCGUGCGGCGGCAGCAGCAGGAGGCCCCGUUAGCUAAAAUGGUACCUCAGGUUAAGAACAGUUUCAGGCUAAGUACGGACCUCCGGAACGAAUUAAGUACUUAACCCGAGGUACCACUGUAGUCCAAAAGAUUUGCCGGCUGUACAUUUGUCAACUUUUUAAAAAAAAGAUUUGCCGAGGGUGCAGAAAAGAGAUCCGGCAAUUUGCUUUGUGAAUAGCUGUUUGAAUCAGGGGGUUGCCAACUUUUCAAGCUACCCUCCGAUGCUAUGCAUUCACGCACGACUUAAGAUGGCAAUGAUCAGGGGGCGGCAAACAGGGCACAAAUCAAUCCGUUUGGGUUCUUCUCCGUUUCUAAUUUUUCCAAUCUUCAAUUCUCCGCAUUUCUGCACCAGUUUGUAUUUUUUUUAAAAAAAAAUCUUCAUUUUGUCUUUAAUGUACAAAUCUUUGUACACAAUUCCCCCUUGUGCACCCAUAUCUGCAAGCAAAUUUCCCUAAGAAUAAUGCAUUUUUAAUGUUACUUUCAUUAACGUAUGCAUUUGACACUUUUCCCUAAUAAUAUGCAUUUUUGAGAAAACACUAUACCUUUCCCCAAGUUGGUGCUGUUCACAAGUUAACAUGACUUCCAUCAUCCCUGGUGGUUGACUAUCCUGGCUAAGGGGCUGACAUGAGCUUUCGUCUGACAACACGUAGCAAAACAACCACAGUCGUACCUUGGAAGUUGAACAGUCUAGUUUUCGAACGUUUUGGCUCCUGAACGAUCGCAACCCGGAAGUGAAUCUUUCGGGUUUUGAAUGUUCUUUUAGAAGCCGAACGUCUGAUGGGGCUUCCGUGGCUUCCAAUAGGCUGAAGGAGCUUCCUGCAGCCAAUCAGAAGCCGCGAUUUGAUUUUCAAACAUUUUGGAAGUCAAAUGGACUUCCGGAACGGAUUCUGUUCGACUCCAAGAUACGACUGUAUAUUAAAACACCUGAGAUUAAAGUAUGCCAUGAGCAAAUCCCAUUAACCAGAGCAUAACGGUUAAAAGAAGAAUUUGGGGGUUGAAGACAGGAGAUCAGGAGAAAACGUUUAUCUAAACAGGUGUCUUCAAGUGCCAUCAGUAUUGGCAUUCCACUGACCCUUAAUAAUAAUAAUAAUAAUUUAUUAUUUAUACCCCGCUCAUCUGGCUGGGUUUCCCCAGACACUCUGGGCAGCUUCCAACCGAAUAUUAAAAACAAUACAGCAUCAGACAUUAAAACUUCCCUAAACAGGGCUGCCAUCAGUUGUCUUUUAAAAGUAAAAUAGUUGUUUAUCUCCUUGACAUCUGAUGGGAGGGCAUUCCACAGGGCGGGUGCCAACACCAAGAAGGCCCUCUGCCUGGUUCCCUGUAACCUCACAUCUCGCAACCUUGUGGUGUAGGAUAGGGUGGGAGAGAGUGACUGGCCCGUGUCUGAGCGUGGAUAUAUCAGGCCUUCUCGGUGGUGGCACCCGCCCUGUGGAACACCCUCCCACCAGACGUCAAAGAGAACAACAACUACCAGACUUUUAGAAGACAUCUGAAGGCAGCCCUGUUUAGGGAAGCUUUUAAUGUUUAAUAGAUUAUUGUAUUUCAAUAUUCUGUUGGAAGCCGCCCAGAGUGGCUGGGGAAGCCCAGCCAGAUGUGCGGGGUAGAAAUAAUAAAUUAUUAUUAUUAACCUGUUAUCUCCCAGGUUGUAACCCAGCACGCUAACCAUUGCACCACACUGUCUCUCUGGAGGGUGCCAGCUUGGGAAAGUCUGCCUGAGCUUCAGCAAAGUUGCUCUGUUCUGAGACCUCAAUCUCUCCCUCUUCCUUCCAGGGCGCCUCAUCCAGCCUCGUGGUGAAAUUUGCCGACACGGAGAAGGAGAGGGGUCUCCGCCGGAUGCAGCAAGUGGCAAACCAGCUGGGCAUGUUCAGCCCCAUCGCCCUGCAGUUUGGGGUGUACAGUGCCUACACCCAAGCAGUAAGAGGCUCCCCUUCGCUCUAGGAGCCCGGAGUUGUGGGAAGGGGGACGGUGCCGGCUGUGUUUUGGGGAGGGGGGCGUUUCCCGGCUCAGUACACAAACAGGGACACUGAUGUGUGCAUAUGCACACACUUUUCCUUAAGGUCAUCUCACCGCAUCUAGAAAGCUAGCAUGUCAGGGUGUAAGCUAGGCUAUGGCCCUUAUCCUUCAGACGCUAGCUUUCUAAAAGGAAGGGAUUUCCAUUAACACCCCCCCAGCGGCGUAGCGUGGGUUGUCAGCACCCGGGGCAAGGCAAGUAAUUUGCGCCCCCUAACCCGGGGCAAGGCAAGUAAUUUGCGCCCCCUAACCCCUAACCUGCCACCGCUGCCAGCUUCUUCUUGCUGCUGCCUGGGCUGGUCUGGUGUGGUUCUCUCCCGCGCUCAGUGCUGCGCUGGGCAGCCGCUGCACUGUCCCUCCCCAGAUAAUCCUCGCUCUCUCUGCACCGCACGCCUGGCACCCACCCCCUCCACAGUGGGCGGCGACCCAGCGGCUCAGAUCGGAUUCGCACAGCCAGCACUGCAGUGAGAGAGAGAGAGUGAGCCAGGUAGGGGCAGAGAGCUGCGAGUGCGAGCGCGCCCCCCCAGAUGUUGCGCCCGGUGCGGCCGGCCCCCCCUGCACCCCCAAGCUACGCCACUGCACCCCCCGAAAAAGCUGCAUUAUAGAUAACUGGCACGCCAAGAAGAAGGAAGGACAAGAACUAUUCACCCUGAGAUGCUAAUCUUCUACAUGCAGGGGUUUUAUUUUAUUUUUAAGAGGAGGAGCCUUACCUUAUGUGCAGGGGUAAAUUUAGAAGUGUGGGUUCCUUUUUGUGAAAGCCACUCCCUGCUGCCUCACAACUGUUGCCCUUCUAAGAUUUUGCAACCUUAAAAGCAAUGACAAACCUAGACAGCAUCUUAAAAAGUAGAGACAUCACCUUGUCGACAAAGGUCCGUAUAGUUAAAGCUCUGGUUUCCCCAGUAGUGAUGGAUGGAAGUGAGAGCCAGACCAUAAAGAUGGCUGAUCACCGAAGAAUGGAUGCUUUUGAAUUCUGGUGCUGGAGGAGACUCUGGAGAGUCCCAUGGACUGCAAGAAGAUCAAACGUAUCCAUUCUGAAGGAAAUCAGCCCUGAGUGCUCCCUGGAAGGACAGAUCCUGAAGCUGAGGCUCCAGUACUUUGGCCACCUCAUGAGAAGAGAAGACUCCUGGAAAAGACCCUGAUGUUGGGAGAGAUGGAGGGCACAAGGAGAAGGGGACGACAGAGGACGAGAUGGUGGGACAGUGUUCUCGAAGCUGCCAGCAUGAGUUUGACCAAACUGCGGGAGGCGGUGGAAGACAGGAGGGCCUGGCGUGCUCUGGUCCAGGGGGUCACGAAGAGUCGGGCACGACUAAACGACUCAACAACAACAAAAUGCAAUAAAAACGAGCUUUUCGUCUCUUGCUUUGUUGGGAGUCUGCUGAAAACAGGAUGAGGGCAGAUCUUUUUUGAGGUGGCCAUCACCAAAAUAAUAACGAUUUGCCUUCGCACGAAGCCCGUUUCGAGCACUCCUCCAGAGAAAGGGAAGGAGGAAGGAGGAAGCAGAGUUUUCAGAUAGCCUAGAGCAGGCAUGUCCAACUUACAAGAGACUGUGAUCUACUCCCAGUAUAAAAAGUCUGGAAGUGAAGGGAGGGGUGGGAAGCUAAAGUUGUUGGCCUUUUGGGGGGGUGAAGCCUUGGCAUCUGACGGGAGGACGUUCUACAGGGCGGGCGCCACCACUGAGAAGGCCCUCUGCCUGGUUCCCUGUAACCUCACUUCUCGGAGGGAGGAAACCGCCAGAAGGCCCUCAGAGCUGGACCUCAGUGUCCGGGCAGAACGGUGGGGGUGGAGAUGCUCCUUCAGGUAUACAGUGGACGCUCGGGUUGCGAACGUGAUCCGUGCGGGAGGCACGUUCGCAACCCGCAAUGCCACGUCUGCGCACGCACGGGUUGCGAUUUUAUGCUUCUGCGCAUGCGCGAAGCGCAAUUUAGUGUUCAUGCACUAGUGUUCAUAACCCGAUUUAGUGUUCAUAACCCGUUCCGGUACUUCCAUGUUCGGCACGGUGUGCAACCCGAAAACGCGCAACCUGAAGCGUCUGUAACCCAAGGUAUGACUGUACUGGGCCGAUGCUGUUUAGGGCUCUUAAGGUCAGCACCAACACUUUGAAUUGUGCCCAGAAACAUCCUGGAAGCCAAUGUAUUUCUUUCAGGACAGGUGUUAUGUGGUCUCUGCAGCCGCUCCCAGUCACCAGUCUAGCUGCCGCGUUCCGGAUUAAUUGCAGUUUCCAGGUCACCUUCAAAGGCAGCCCCACAUAGAGCGCAUUGCAGUAGUCCAAGCGAGAGAUAACCAGAGCAUGCGCCACUCUGGCGAGACAAUACUCUGGCCCCUGCUGGGAAGGAGAUGUAGGACGGUCACAUAUCAGGAUGCUGAUGGGGCUGUAGGGCCAGACUCUGUGGACGUCCAUGGUGCUUUAUAUUUAUGUAUAUCUGAAGGAGCGUCUCCACCCCCAUCGUUCUGCCCGGACACUGAAGUCCGGCGCUGAGGGCCUUCUGGCGGUUCCCUCACUGCGAGAAGCAAAGCUACAGGGAACCAGGCAGAGGGCCUUCUCGGUGGUGGCAUCCGCCCUGUGGAACGCCCUCCCAUCCAGAUGUGAAAGAGAACAACAACUACCAGACUUUUAGAAGGCAUCUGAAGGCAGCCCUGUUUAGGGAAGCUUUUAAUGUUUGAUGGACUACUGUAUUUUAAUAUUCUGUUGGAAGCCACGCAGAGUGGCUGGGGAAACCCAGCCAGAUGUGUGGGGUAUAAAUAAUAAAUUGUUGUUGUUGUUGUUGUUAUUGACCCCCCUCUGUCUGUCUCCUGCCCCCUUUCCCCGCUUUUCCGCCCUCAGCUAAUGCAGCAACAGGCAGCUCUUGUUGCCACGCACUCCGCCUACCUCAACCCCAUGGCGACGAUGGCCGCCGUGCAGAUGCAGCAGAUGGCCACCAUCAACCCCAACGGCCUCAUUGCCACCCCCAUCACCCCCAUCACAACCUCCUCAGGUAAGGUUGGGGGGCAAGGAGGCCCAGCCAGGAAAUGGAGGGGGGUUCAGCCGUCCUCACGGCGCACACAAACGCACGAUUGGCACUGUGACCAACCAGGGUUUACUGGAAGGAGUCUGAGAUGUUUCCCACUCCCAAUAUGUGUGGUUUUUUCCUGGGGGGGGAAGGUAGGGGGGAUUCACCAAGAAGUUUGUUUGUUUCCUUGUUUGUUUGUUGCGGUCCAAGUCACAGUGCCACUCCCCCGGGCAGUGGCUAAAUUUAAGACGUGAUUAAUAAACUCAAGCAGACAAUGAUCUGUAUUGGAAAUGGCCACAACUUUACCGAUUACAGAUAUAGGUGGAAUAUUUGGUAUAGCCAUUCCAGCCCCCCAGACAAAAAAAUAUAUUAAUUACCGUAUUUUUCGCUCCAUAAGACACAACCUGACCAUAAGACGCACCUAGUUUUUAGAGGGGGAAUGCAAGGAAAAAAAUAUUCUUUAAAGGGAGCGCUGAGCAGAGCCUAUAUGCAUCCCAGGCUCUGCUCAGCGCUUCUUUCACGAGCCGCGUGGAGCGUGUGUGUGGCGCUUGCAGGCUUUUACCCGACGGGCUGCCCUUCUCCCUCCUCGGGGAAAAGCCCCCAAGAGCUGCACACAUGCUCCGUGCGGCUCUUUAAAGGGAGCGCGGCUCUUGCGGGCUUUUCUGGGAGGUGGGGGAAGGGACAGAGGGGCUGCCCUCUGUCCCUUCCCCCACCUCCUGCAAAAGCCAGGGGUAGCCCCGCGAAGCCUCCUCAGGGCAGCGGGAUGAAGGCUCCCCGUGGCGUGAAGAGGCUUCGCCCCUAAGCCAGAAGCUAGAACAGUGCAGCGCUCCCUUUCACCGUUCUGGCUUCUGGGAUAGCUGCGCAGCCUGCAUUCGCUCCAUAAGACGCACACACAUUCCCCCUUACUUUUUAGGAGGGGGAAAGUGUGUCUUAUAGAGCGAAAAAUAUGGUAUUUGAUUUUUAAAAGGCAAGGGAAUUCAGUUCCCCUGACUUCCUGCUCAAACCUCCCCCAUAUGCACUCACAACCUUCUUGCUAUUAAGAAGGAAAGUUCAAAUGGGGGGAAGUCAGAGCUCAUCUUAAGAUGGGGCUGUGAGAACAGACCUGGGUGCAAUUCAGCCAGAGGCCAAAAUAUGAGGGGCUCCCUGUUUGUUCUUUUUUCAAAUCCAACUUCCGGUCCUUAUGACACCCUUGAAACUUGGUGAGCAGCGGCGAAAUUCUAGCCGGAAUAGAUGGUGCAAAGCAGCCAAAAAUACGCACGAUGUAUUAUGCAAAGCCUGGCACCGUUUAUUCCCACUGAGGCUUUUGGCACAUGUGUGACUUCAAGAAGGGCAGAGCUAUGGGGUUUAUGGACACGAGCGGCUCCACCACGGAGGCCUGGUGAGGUUUUUGGUGCCCCGCUAACCUUCCACUGCCUUCUUCCCACAGGGACCAGCACGCCACCUGCCAUUGCCGCCACGCCAGUGUCUGCCAUCCCGGCCACCCUCAGCGUCAACGGCUACAGCCCCGUUCCCACGCAGAGCACGGGGCAGCCGGCCUCCGAGGCCAUUUACACAAAUGGCGUCCACCCAUACCCAGGUAUCUGAGGCUUCCCGGGGUCUCCGUCUCCCUCUGAUCACACAAACCCCGGCCCCCGUUUUUCGGUCUUUCUUUCCUGGACACCCAAGUCCUAGAGACCACCUAGAUCUCCACACACACACACACACACACAACCCCAAAUGCACCACUGUAAUCCUAUAUUAGGGACGCGGGUGGCGCUGUGGGUUAAACCACAGAGCCUAGGGCUUGCCAACCCACAGGUUGAGAACUGCUGCUCUAAGUUGUAGACCUUUCACCUGACUCACCAGGGCUCCUCUGGUACGCUUAUUAGCUGUGAGAGUAUCUAGUGAUGGAGCCUCCAUGUACAGGAGCAGGAUUCUGCUCUGUGGGCAGACAAGCGAGGAGGGAAAUUGCUUCAUGUCCUACUUGAGGGUUACCUGGGCUCCAGAUCUGAUGGCUGCCGGAGCUUGAGGAAUCUGAAAUAGCAUUGGCUGUGUUUACCGUAUUUUUCGCCCCAUAGGACACACCGGCCCAUAGGACGCACCUAGUUUUUUGGGGGGGAAAUAAAGGGGGAAAAUUAUUUUCCCCCCCAGGUGCGCUGCGCUAAUCCCGAAGCUUGGGGCGUGCUGAGCUCAGCGCGCCCCAAGCUUCUGGGUGCAGGCAAGCUCUCCGCUAGCCAUGGGAGAGCUGGGUCUCCCACGGCUAGCGGAUAGCUUCCUGAAGCCUGGAGAGCGAGAGGGGUCGGUGCGCCCCGACCCCCCUCGCUCUCCAGGCUUCAGCGAAAGUCUGCAUUCGCCCCAUAGGACGCACACACAUUUCCCCUUCAUUUUUGGAGGGGAAAAAGUGCGUCCUAUAGGGCGAAAAAUACGGUACACGUAACACUCAGCUGGCGUUUGCUUUAACCAUGGUUUGCCUAAGAAGCCUCGAGUUGUGCCCCAGACGGCACUGCUCCCUGCCCCAGAUAUAGAGCCUGGGACCAGGCAGCCAAAGAAAAGGAUGGUUGGAUUCCGACGCAACGCUAAACCGCAGCUUUAAAAAACCGUACAAUACGAUACAAUACAAUAAUCUUUAUUGUCAGUGUCCCAUACAGAACAAUGAAAUUGAAAAAAACUACAUCAGACAUUCAAAAACCAACAAGCCUGCUAUCCCAGCUAUCCCAGCCUGGUUAGCCCCCUAAAAACUCUGAUUACCCCAUAAUUAAAUACAAUAUACUCCCACAGAGACUACCUUACACUGCGUUUAAAACCAAAAUCGCAUUUGGAUAAACACUGUUUCUCAGGCGGCUAGUCCUGGUCUUUAUAAUAGUAAUAAUAAUAAUUUAUUAUUUAUACCCCAACCCAUCUGGCUAGGCUUCCCCGGCCACUCUGGGCUGCUUAGAACAAAAUAUUAAAAUACUGUAAUACAUCAGACAUACUGUAAUACAUCAAACCCUGUACCUUCUUUCCAGAAGGCAGAAGCUGAAAGAGAUCAUUUCUAGGGUGUGCACUAUCCUGCACUAUCUCUGCAGCUUUCUUAUGGCACCCAGAAGCAUAGAUUUGAUCCAAGGUGGGAAGAGUGCACCCAGUUAUUCAGGACUGGCAUGCCGACUUGGAGAUUUUGUUUUGCUUUCUGUGUGUGAAGCAGGCCAUUAUCGUCUCAUAAAUGCGCACUCUUUCCUCUUCGCCCCCUGACACAGCACAGAGCCCAGCAGCCCCCGUGGACCCAUUGCAGCAGGCGUACGCCGGGAUGCAGCACUAUACAGGUAGGGGGUGGAGAAUGGGGAUCUAUAGGAUUCUGGGCCGAUAGGUCUCCUUUUGCCAAGGCCUCGUUGCCCAGGCAACACCAGAGACCUGGUCCCUGCUCUACGGCCAAGAUGGCGCCAGGGAUGUUGGCUCAUUGGCUUUCCCAGAAUGCCACAUCUAUUACGUCGGGGAUGGGGAAUGUCUCUGGCACUCCACAGGCUAGUGGCGCUCAGGAACUGCGGGGUUUGUGGUCCAGCGAGAUCUGGGAAGGGUCCAGAGAGGAGGGAGGAAUUUGGUUUGGUUCGCGAAGCUCCCUCAUGCCUACUUCUUGGACUAAUGGUGGGAACUGAAACACAGGUGUCCUUCAAAGUUUGCAUCGCUUCAAAUUUUACCAUGCAGUUCCCCAAACACAAAAAAGCACAAUAGAAGAAAGUGCGCGUUUUUAAAAAUAUAUAUACUGUAUUUACCCAUCUAUAAGACGCCCCCAUGUAUAAGAUGCCCCCUAUUUUGGGGGACUCAGAUUUAAGAAAAUGGAGGGAGAGAUAUCUAUGUAUAAGACGCUCCCCCCUAAUUUUUCACAUUAUUUUUUAGGGGGGAAACCUAGUCUUAUACACGGAAAAAUACAGUAUAUGCAUGUAUUGGUGAAAACCACAUGCAGAAAUUCUCCCAAGAAUGGGGUAAACUGCUGGUUUUUAAAAAAUGUGUGUUAAGGAUACCUGUAUGUAAAAAUGUGUACCUUAGGAUAAAAUGCUGGCAAGCAAAAAAAUGGUUCAGAAAUGCACAAGAUUAGGAACGCUGGUGGUUUUGUCCAUUCCUAGAAGGGCACGGUGCCCACUCUGUGCCUUAAGCCUUUCUGUCUGGGCAGUGUCCGCAACGUGUUCUUCCGCGGGUCGGGCAACACUGCAGGCCUGUCGCUCUCUCUCUGCCCGUUGCUCGGCCAAUGUGAGGAGCUUAGGCUUCACUCUGACCCGCUUCCCCCCACAGCCGCCUACCCUGCCGCCUAUGGACUGGUCAGCCCAGCCUUCCCACAACAGCCAGCCACUAUCAUCGCCCAGCAGCCGCCUCCACAACAGCAGCAGCAGCAGCAGCGGGAAGGUAGGUGGGUCACCAAGCCCCUUUCCCCACCCACCCCACAGCUGCCGUUGACUUGUAGACAUUAUUUCCAUUGGAACAUUCUGGAAUCCGGUCCGCCGCUUCCUCAGCGGAGAUCCUGAGGCACCGGCAAUGUCUCGCUUUCGAUACGAUAAUCUUCAUUGUCAUUGUCCCAUACAGAACAACGAAAUUGAAAAAAUCUACAUCAGACAUUCAAAAAUCAAUAAGCCUGCUAUCCCAGCUAUCCCAGCCUAGUUAGCCCCCUAAAAACUCUGGUACCCGAUAAUUAAAUACAAUAUACUCCCAUAGAGAGUCCUUAGGUAAAGGUAAAGGGACCCCUGACCAUUAGGUCCAGUCGUGGCCAACUCUGGGGUUGCGGCGCUCAUCUCGCUUUACUGGCCGAGGGAGCCGGCGUACAGCUUCCGGGUCAUGUGGCUAGCAGGACUAAGCUGCUUCUGGCGAACCAGAGCAGCGCACGGAAACGUCGUUUACCUUCCUGCCGGAGUGGUACCUAUUUAUCUAUUUGCACUUUGACGUGCUUUUAAAAUGGUAGGUUGGCAGGAGCAGGGACCGAGCAACAGGAUUUCACCCUGGCGUGCAGAUUCGAACCGCCAACCUUCUGAUCAGCAAGUCCUAGGCUCUGUGGUUUAACCCACAGUGCCACCCGUGUCCCAGAGACUCCUUACACUGCCUUUAAAACCAAAAUCGCAUUUGGAUAGAAACUGUUUCUCAGGCGGCUAGUCCUGCUCUUUAUAACCCUGUACCUCCUUCCAUCUAAAUGUUACGGGGGAUGGGGAUUGCACAGCCAGCUCCCUCUGUGUUCCAGCAUGUUCUCAACGAGCAAUUCUCUCUCUCUCUCUCCUCCCUCCCUCCCGCCUUCCUUUAUCCCGAAACAUGGCCGUCCUCUCCCAGGUCCCGAGGGCUGUAACAUCUUCAUCUACCACCUGCCGCAGGAGUUCACAGACUCUGAGAUCUUGCAGAUGUUCCUUCCCUUCGGAAACGUCAUCUCCGCCAAAGUCUUUGUGGACCGGGCCACCAAUCAGAGCAAAUGUUUCGGUAGGGAUAGCCCAGCGGGGUUCUGGGGGAAGAGAAUAGGGUCCCCCUAAAUCAUGGGGGACCGCAAUCCGCAGAGGCUAAAAACCAGCGGCCUUCUCGCACACGGCACGCAGAGAGAGAAACAUCCCCCCAGCGUGCCUUCUCCACCUCCCUCAUAGGGACUAUCAACUUAAACCUUUGCUUUAGAAACCAAACCAAGCAAGGGGUGGGUUCUACGGAGGGGGGGACGGUCUCCGUCUGCAUGCUGUGAGGUCAUAGCAGGCCCUCGCCCACCCCAUCCUCCCUUCUCCUUGUCCAUUUUCCCUCCGCCUUUUGCAGGAUUCGUAAGUUUUGACAAUCCUGCCAGCGCUCAAGCUGCCAUCCAGGCCAUGAACGGUUUCCAGAUUGGGAUGAAACGCCUCAAAGUCCAGCUCAAGAGGCCUAAAGACGCCAACCGGCCCUACUGA